CCGGUCAGAGCAAACUAAGGAACCCGAUACCAGACAGGUGACUGCGGAAUACACGGCAUGAGCCGUAGGAAGUGGUCACGGUCACUAUGGUAACGGUUGCCGGGAGACAGGACGCUUUCCACUACAAUAACACCGGGGGCCUUGUCUGGCUGUUUGCUGAUACCGGCGGGCGGUGUACUCGUUAUAAUAGGAGGCCGGGGAGACAGAACGUCCGGACAAUCACACUCUGCCAAGGUAUCAAACAGGGAGCCAGAUAACGUGCUGGGUUGCAGUGUUAUAAACUAGGACUGCUCGCAGCAUUCAUAGAGCGCCGUGUGUAUUAUAUCACAUAGGGAAAUAAGUAAUGACUGGCGUCCAACACGGUGCUUUGCUGAAUUAUUACUUUAUUAUUAUUAUUAUUAUCACAUUCUAACUCAUACCGGAUUUUAUGAAAAUGAUGUUAACUUAAUAAAGUAAUUUUUUUAACAGUGAACAUAUGUUUCUAAUUGUGUUUUCCAGGGGUUACCAUUCAGAGUCAGUAUUACAGCCAGUAUUAGAGUCAGUAUCAGAGUAUUACAGCCAGUAUUAGUUAGUAUUAAAGUAUUACAGCCAGUAUUAGUUAGUAUUAAAGUAUUACAGUCAGUUUUAGAGUCAGUAUCAGAGUAUUACAGUCAGUGUUAGAGUCAGUAUCAGAGUAUUGCGGUCAGUAUUACAGUUAGUAUUAAAGUAUUACAGCCAGUAUUACAGUUAGUAUUAAAGUAUUACAGCCAGUGUUAGAGUCAGUAUUAAAGUAUUACAGUCAGUAUUACAGUUAGUAUUAAAGUAUUACAGUCAGUAUUACGGUUAGUAUUAAAGUAUUACAGUCAGUAUUACAGUUAGUAUUAAAGUAUUACAGGCAGUGUUAGAGUCAGUAUUAAAGUAUUACAGCCAGUAUUACAGUUAGUAUUAAAGUAUUACAGUCAGUAUUACGGUUAGUAUUAAAGUAUUACAGCCAGUAUUUGAGUCAGUAUCAGAAUAUUACAGUCAGUAUUACAGUUAGUAUUAAAGUAUUACAGCCAGUGUUAGUCAGUAUCAGAGUAUUACAACCAGUGUUAGAGUCAGUAUUAAAGUAUUACAGUCAGUAUUACAGUUAGUAUUAAAGUAUUACAGCCAUUGUUAGAGUCAGUAUCAGAGUAUUACUGUCAGUGUUAGAGUCAGUAUCAAAGUAUUAUAGCCAGUAUUAGAGUCAAUAUUAAAGUAUUACGGUCAGUAUUACAGCCAGUGUUAUAGUCAGUAUCAGAGUAUUACAGUCAGUGUUAGAGUCAGUAUUAAAGUAUUACAGCAUUCAUAGAGCGCCGUGUGUAUUAUAUCACAUAGGGAAAUAAGUAAUGACUGGCGUCCAACACGGUGCUUUGCUGAAUUAUUACUUUAUUAUUAUUAUUAUUAUCACAUUCUAACUCAUACCGGAUUUUAUGAAAAUGAUGUUAACUUAAUAAAGUAAUUUUUUUAACAGUGAACAUAUGUUUCUAAUUGUGUUUUCCAGGGGUUACCAUUCAGAGUCAGUAUUACAGCCAGUAUUAGAGUCAGUAUCAGAGUAUUACAGCCAGUAUUAGUUAGUAUUAAAGUAUUACAGCCAGUAUUAGUUAGUAUUAAAGUAUUACAGUCAGUUUUAGAGUCAGUAUCAGAGUAUUACAGUCAGUGUUAGAGUCAGUAUCAGAGUAUUGCGGUCAGUAUUACAGUUAGUAUUAAAGUAUUACAGCCAGUAUUACAGUUAGUAUUAAAGUAUUACAGCCAGUGUUAGAGUCAGUAUUAAAGUAUUACAGUCAGUAUUACAGUUAGUAUUAAAGUAUUACAGUCAGUAUUACAGUUAGUAUUAAAGUAUUACAGGCAGUGUUAGAGUCAAUAUUAAAGUAUUACAGCCAGUAUUACAGUUAGUAUUAAAGUAUUACAGUCAGUAUUACGGUUAGUAUUAAAGUAUUACAGCCAGUAUUUGAGUCAGUAUCAAAGUAUUACAGUCAGUAUUACAGUUAGUAUUAAAGUAUUACAGUCAGUAUUACGGUUAGUAUUAAAGUAUUACAGCCAGUAUUUGAGUCAGUAUCAGAAUAUUACAGUCAGUAUUACAGUUAGUAUUAAAGUAUUACAGCCAGUGUUAGUCAGUAUCAGAGUAUUACAACCAGUGUUAGAGUCAGUAUUAAAGUAUUACAGUCAGUAUUACAGUUAGUAUUAAAGUAUUACAGCCAUUGUUAGAGUCAGUAUCAGAGUAUUACUGUCAGUGUUAGAGUCAGUAUCAAAGUAUUAUAGCCAGUAUUAGAGUCAAUAUUAAAGUAUUACGGUCAGUAUUACAGCCAGUGUUAUAGUCAGUAUCAGAGUAUUACAGUCAGUGUUAGAGUCAGUAUUAAAGUAUUACAGCAUUCAUAGAGCGCCGUGUGUAUUAUAUCACAUAGGGAAAUAAGUAAUGACUGGCGUCCAACACGGUGCUUUGCUGAAUUAUUACUUUAUUAUUAUUAUUAUUAUCACAUUCUAACUCAUACCGGAUUUUAUGAAAAUGAUGUUAACUUAAUAAAGUAAUUUUUUUAACAGUGAACAUAUGUUUCUAAUUGUGUUUUCCAGGGGUUACCAUUCAGAGUCAGUAUUACAGCCAGUAUUAGAGUCAGUAUCAGAGUAUUACAGCCAGUAUUAGUUAGUAUUAAAGUAUUACAGCCAGUAUUAGUUAGUAUUAAAGUAUUACAGUCAGUUUUAGAGUCAGUAUCAGAGUAUUACAGUCAGUGUUAGAGUCAGUAUCAGAGUAUUGCGGUCAGUAUUACAGUUAGUAUUAAAGUAUUACAGCCAGUAUUACAGUUAGUAUUAAAGUAUUACAGCCAGUGUUAGAGUCAGUAUUAAAGUAUUACAGUCAGUAUUACAGUUAGUAUUAAAGUAUUACAGUCAGUAUUACAGUUAGUAUUAAAGUAUUACAGGCAGUGUUAGAGUCAAUAUUAAAGUAUUACAGCCAGUAUUACAGUUAGUAUUAAAGUAUUACAGUCAGUAUUACGGUUAGUAUUAAAGUAUUACAGCCAGUAUUUGAGUCAGUAUCAGAAUAUUACAGUCAGUAUUACAGUUAGUAUUAAAGUAUUACAGCCAGUGUUAGUCAGUAUCAGAGUAUUACAACCAGUGUUAGAGUCAGUAUUAAAGUAUUACAGUCAGUAUUACAGUUAGUAUUAAAGUAUUACAGCCAUUGUUAGAGUCAGUAUCAGAGUAUUACUGUCAGUGUUAGAGUCAGUAUCAAAGUAUUAUAGCCAGUAUUAGAGUCAAUAUUAAAGUAUUACGGUCAGUAUUACAGCCAGUGUUAUAGUCAGUAUCAGAGUAUUACAGUCAGUGUUAGAGUCAGUAUUAAAGUAUUACAGCAUUCAUAGAGCGCCGUGUGUAUUAUAUCACAUAGGGAAAUAAGUAAUGACUGGCGUCCAACACGGUGCUUUGCUGAAUUAUUACUUUAUUAUUAUUAUUAUCACAUUCUAACUCAUACCGGAUUUUAUGAAAAUGAUGUUAACUUAAUAAAGUAAUUUUUUUAACAGUGAACAUAUGUUUCUAAUUGUGUUUUCCAGGGGUUACCAUUCAGAGUCAGUAUUACAGCCAGUAUUACAGUCAGUAUCAGAGUAUUACAGCCAGUAUUAGAGUCAGUAUUAAAGUAUUACAGCCAGUGUUAGAGUCAGUAUCAGAGUAUUACUGUCAAUAUUAAAGUAUUACAGUCAGUGUUAGAGUCAGUAUUAAAGUAUUACAGCCAGUAUUAGUUAGUAUUAAAGUAUUACAGUCAGUGUUAGAGUCAGUAUCAGAGUAUUGCGGUCAGUAUUACAGUUAGUAUUAAAGUAUUACAGUCAGUAUUACAGUUAAUAUUAAAGUAUUACAGCCAGUAUUACAGUUAGUAUUAAAGUAUUACAGCCAGUAUUAGAGUCAGUAUUAAAGUAUUACAGCCAGUGUUAGAGUCAGUAUUAAAGUAUUACAGCCAGUAUUAGUUAGUAUUAAAGUGUUAGAGUCAGUAUCAGAGUAUUACAGUCAGUGUUAGAGUCAGUAUCAGAGUAUUGCGGUCAGUAUUACAGUUAGUAUUAAAGUAUUACAGUCAGUAUUACAGUUAAUAUUAAAGUAUUACAGCCAGUAUUACAGUUAGUAUUAAAGUAUUACAGCCAGUGUUAGAGUCAGUAUUAAAGUAUUACAGUCAGUAUUACAGUUAGUAUUAAAGUACAGCCAGUGUUAGAGUCAGUACAGAGUAUUACAGUCAGUAUUAGAGUCAGUAUUAAAGUAUUACAGUUGGUAUUAAAGUAUUACAGCCAGUGUUAGAGUCAGUACAGAAUAUUACAGUCAGUAUUAAAGUAUUACUGCCAGUAUUACAGUUAGUAUUAAAGUAUUACAGCCAGUGUUAGAGUCAGUAUCAGAGUAUUACAGUCAGUAUUAAAGUAAUUUCAAUUAGUAUUAAGGUAUUACAGCCAGUGUUAGAGUCAGUAUCAGAGUAUUACAGGCAGUGUUAGAGUCUGUAUCAGAGUAUUACAGUCAGUAUUAAAGUAUUACAGCCAGUAUUACAGUUAGUAUUAAAGUAUUACAGCCAGUGUUAGAGUCAGUAUUAAAGUAUUACAGCCAGUAUUACAGUUAGUAUUAAAGUAUUACAGCCAGUGUUAGAGUCAAUAUCAGAGUAUUACAGUUAGUAUUAAAGUAUUGCAGCCAGUAUUAGAGUCAGUAUAAGAGUAUUACAGGCAGUAUUACAGUUAGUAUUAAAGUAUUACAGCCAGUGUUAGUUAGUAUUAAAGUAUUACAGUCAGUGUUAGAGUCAGUAUCAGAGUAUUACAGUCAGUGUUAGAGUCAGUAUCAGAGUAUUGCGGUCAGUAUUACAGUUAGUAUUAAAGUAUUACAGUCAGUAUUACAGUUAAUAUUAAAGUAUUACAGCCAGUAUUACAGUUAGUAUUAAAGUAUUACAGCCAGUGUUAGAGUCAGUAUUAAAGUAUUACAGUCAGUAUUACAGUUAGUAUUAAAGUAUUACAGCCAGUGUUAGAGUCAGUAUUAAAGUAUUACAGCCAGUAUUACAGUUAGUAUUAAAGUAUUACAGUCAGUAUUACGGUUAAUAUUAAAGUAUUAUAGCCAGUAUUACGGUUAGUAUUAAAGUAUUACAGCCAGUAUUUGAGUCAGUAUCAGAAUAUUACAGUCAGUAUUACAGUUAGUAUUAAAGUAUUACAGCCAGUGUUAGUCAGUAUCAGACUAUUACAGUCAGUAUUAGAGUCAGUAUCAGAGUAUUACAGUCAGUAUUACAGUUAGUAUUAAAGUAUUACAGCCAUUGUUAGAGUCAGUAUCAGAGUAUUACUGUCAGUGUUAGAGUCAGUAUCAAAGUAUUAUAGUCAGUAUUAGAGUCAAUAUUAAAGUAUUACGGUCAGUAUUACAGUUAGUAUUAAAGUAUUACAGCCAGUGUUAUAGUCAGUAUCAGAGUAUUACAGUCAGUGUUAGAGUCAGUAUUAAAGUAUAACAGUCAGUAUUACAGUUAGUAUUAAAGUAUUAGUCAGUAUUACAGUUAAUAUUAAAGUAUUACAGCCAGUAUUACAGUUAGUAUUAAAGUAUUACAGCCAGUGUUAGAUUCAGUAUUAGAGUAUUACAGUCAGUAUUAGAGUCAGUAUUACAAUCAGUAUCAGAGUAUUACUGUCAGUGUUACAGUCAGUAUUAAAGUAUUACAGUCAGUAUUACAGGUAGUAUUAAAAUAUUACAGUCAGUGUUAGAUUCAGUAUCAGAGUAUUACUGUCAGUGUUGAUCAGUAUCACAGUAUUACUGUCAGUGUUACAGUUAGUAUUAAAGUAUUACAGCCAGUAUUACAGUUAGUAUUAAAGUUUUACAGCCAGUGUUAGAGUCAGUAUCAGCGUAGUACUGUCAGUAUUACAGUUAGUAUUAAAGUAUUACAGUCAGUAUUACGGUUAAUAUUAAAGUAUUAUAGCCAGUAUUACGGUUAGUAUUAAAGUAUUACAGCCAGUAUUUGAGUCAGUAUCAGAGUAUUACAGUCAGUAUUACAGUUAGUAUUAAAGUAUUACAGCCAGUGUUAGUCAGUAUCAGAGUAUUACAACCAGUGUUAGAGUCAGUAUUAAAGUAUUACAGUCAGUAUUACAGUUAGUAUUAAAGUAUUACAGCCAUUGUUAGAGUCAGUAUCAGAGUAUUACUGUCAGUGUUAGAGUCAGUAUCAAAGUAUUAUAGUCAGUAUUAGAGUCAAUAUUAAAGUAUUACGGUCAGUAUUACAGUUAGUAUUAAAGUAUUACAGCCAGUGUUAUAGUCAGUAUUAGAGUAUUACAGUCAGUGUUAGAGUCAGUAUUAAAGUAUUACAGUCAGUAUUACAGUUAGUAUUAAAGUAUUAGUCAGUAUUACAGUUAAUAUUAAAGUAUUACAGCCAGUAUUACAGUUAGUAUUAAAGUAUUACAGCCAGUGUUAGAUUCAGUAUUAGAGUCAGUAUUACAAUCAGUAUCAGAGUAUUACUGUCAGUGUUACAGUCAGUAUUAAAGUAUUACAGUCAGUAUUACAGGUAGUAUUAAAAUAUUACAGUCAGUGUUAGAUUCAGUAUCAGAGUAUUACUGUCAGUGUUGAUCAGUAUCACAGUAUUACUGUCAGUGUUACAGUUAGUAUUAAAGUAUUACAGCCAGUAUUACAGUUAGUAUUAAAGUUUUACAGCCAGUGUUAUAGUCAGUAUCAGAGUAGUACUGUCAGUAUUAGUCAGUAUUAAAGUAUUACAGUUUGUAUUACAGUUAGUAUUAAAGUAUUACAGCCAGUGUUAGAGUCAGUACGGAGUAUUACAGUCAGUAUUAGAGUCAGUAUUAAAGUAUUACAGUUAGUAUUAAAGUAUUACAGCCAGUGUUAGAGUCAGUACAGAGUAUUACAGUCAGUAUUAGAGUCAGUAUUAAAGUAUUACUGCCAGUAUUACAGUUAGUAUUAAAGUAUUACAGCCAGUGUUAGAGUCAGUAUCAGAGUAUUACAGUCAGUAUUAAAGUAAUUACAAUUAGUAUUAAAGUAUUACAGCCAGUGUUAGAGUCAGUAUCAGAGUAUUACUGUCAGUGUUAGAGUCAGUAUUAGAGUAUUACAGUCAGUAUUACAGUCAGUAUUACAGUUAGUAUUAAAGUAUUACAGCCAGUGUUAUAUUCAGUAUCAGAGUAUUACUGUCAGUGUUAGAGUCAGUAUCAGAGUAUUACAGUCAGUAUUAGAGUCAGUCUGUAUUACAGUUAAUAUAAAAGUAUUACAGCCAGUAUUACAGUUAGUAUUAAAGUAUUACAGCCAGUAUUACAGUUAUAAAUUAAAGUAGUACAGUCAGUUUUAGAGUCAGUAUCAGAGUAUUACAGUCAGUGUUAGAGUCAGUAUCAGAGUAUUGCGGUCAGUAUUACAGUUAGUAUUAAAGUAUUACAGUCAGUAUUACAGUUAAUAUUAAAGUAUUACAGCCAGUAUUACAGUUAGUAUUAAAGUAUUACAGCCAGUGUUAGAGUCAGUAUUAAAGUAUUACAGUCAGUAUUACAGUUAGUAUUAAAGUACAGCCAGUGUUAGAGUCAGUACAGAGUAUUACAGUCAGUAUUAGAGUCAGUAUUAAAGUAUUACAGUUGGUAUUAAAGUAUUACAGCCAGUGUUAGAGUCAGUACAGAAUAUUACAGUCAGUAUUAAAGUAUUACUGCCAGUAUUACAGUUAGUAUUAAAGUAUUACAGCCAGUGUUAGAGUCAGUAUCAGAGUAUUACAGUCAGUAUUAAAGUAAUUUCAAUUAGUAUUAAGGUAUUACAGCCAGUGUUAGAGUCAGUAUCAGAGUAUUACAGGCAGUGUUAGAGUCUGUAUCAGAGUAUUACAGUCAGUAUUAAAGUAUUACAGCCAGUAUUACAGUUAGUAUUAAAGUAUUACAGCCAGUGUUAGAGUCAGUAUUAAAGUAUUACAGCCAGUAUUACAGUUAGUAUUAAAGUAUUACAGCCAGUGUUAGAGUCAAUAUCAGAGUAUUACAGUUAGUAUUAAAGUAUUGCAGCCAGUAUUAGAGUCAGUAUAAGAGUAUUACAGGCAGUAUUACAGUUAGUAUUAAAGUAUUACAGCCAGUGUUAGUUAGUAUUAAAGUAUUACAGUCAGUGUUAGAGUCAGUAUCAGAGUAUUACAGUCAGUGUUAGAGUCAGUAUCAGAGUAUUGCGGUCAGUAUUACAGUUAGUAUUAAAGUAUUACAGUCAGUAUUACAGUUAAUAUUAAAGUAUUACAGCCAGUAUUACAGUUAGUAUUAAAGUAUUACAGCCAGUGUUAGAGUCAGUAUUAAAGUAUUACAGUCAGUAUUACAGUUAGUAUUAAAGUAUUACAGCCAGUGUUAGAGUCAGUAUUAAAGUAUUACAGCCAGUAUUACAGUUAGUAUUAAAGUAUUACAGUCAGUAUUACGGUUAAUAUUAAAGUAUUAUAGCCAGUAUUACGGUUAGUAUUAAAGUAUUACAGCCAGUAUUUGAGUCAGUAUCAGAAUAUUACAGUCAGUAUUACAGUUAGUAUUAAAGUAUUACAGCCAGUGUUAGUCAGUAUCAGACUAUUACAGUCAGUAUUAGAGUCAGUAUCAGAGUAUUACAGUCAGUAUUACAGUUAGUAUUAAAGUAUUACAGCCAUUGUUAGAGUCAGUAUCAGAGUAUUACUGUCAGUGUUAGAGUCAGUAUCAAAGUAUUAUAGUCAGUAUUAGAGUCAAUAUUAAAGUAUUACGGUCAGUAUUACAGUUAGUAUUAAAGUAUUACAGCCAGUGUUAUAGUCAGUAUCAGAGUAUUACAGUCAGUGUUAGAGUCAGUAUUAAAGUAUAACAGUCAGUAUUACAGUUAGUAUUAAAGUAUUAGUCAGUAUUACAGUUAAUAUUAAAGUAUUACAGCCAGUAUUACAGUUAGUAUUAAAGUAUUACAGCCAGUGUUAGAUUCAGUAUUAGAGUAUUACAGUCAGUAUUAGAGUCAGUAUUACAAUCAGUAUCAGAGUAUUACUGUCAGUGUUACAGUCAGUAUUAAAGUAUUACAGUCAGUAUUACAGGUAGUAUUAAAAUAUUACAGUCAGUGUUAGAUUCAGUAUCAGAGUAUUACUGUCAGUGUUGAUCAGUAUCACAGUAUUACUGUCAGUGUUACAGUUAGUAUUAAAGUAUUACAGCCAGUAUUACAGUUAGUAUUAAAGUUUUACAGCCAGUGUUAGAGUCAGUAUCAGCGUAGUACUGUCAGUAUUACAGUUAGUAUUAAAGUAUUACAGUCAGUAUUACGGUUAAUAUUAAAGUAUUAUAGCCAGUAUUACGGUUAGUAUUAAAGUAUUACAGCCAGUAUUUGAGUCAGUAUCAGAGUAUUACAGUCAGUAUUACAGUUAGUAUUAAAGUAUUACAGCCAGUGUUAGUCAGUAUCAGAGUAUUACAACCAGUGUUAGAGUCAGUAUUAAAGUAUUACAGUCAGUAUUACAGUUAGUAUUAAAGUAUUACAGCCAUUGUUAGAGUCAGUAUCAGAGUAUUACUGUCAGUGUUAGAGUCAGUAUCAAAGUAUUAUAGUCAGUAUUAGAGUCAAUAUUAAAGUAUUACGGUCAGUAUUACAGUUAGUAUUAAAGUAUUACAGCCAGUGUUAUAGUCAGUAUUAGAGUAUUACAGUCAGUGUUAGAGUCAGUAUUAAAGUAUUACAGUCAGUAUUACAGUUAGUAUUAAAGUAUUAGUCAGUAUUACAGUUAAUAUUAAAGUAUUACAGCCAGUAUUACAGUUAGUAUUAAAGUAUUACAGCCAGUGUUAGAUUCAGAAUUAGAGUCAGUAUUACAAUCAGUAUCAGAGUAUUACUGUCAGUGUUACAGUCAGUAUUAAAGUAUUACAGUCAGUAUUACAGGUAGUAUUAAAAUAUUACAGUCAGUGUUAGAUUCAGUAUCAGAGUAUUACUGUCAGUGUUGAUCAGUAUCACAGUAUUACUGUCAGUGUUACAGUUAGUAUUAAAGUAUUACAGCCAGUAUUACAGUUAGUAUUAAAGUUUUACAGCCAGUGUUAGAGUCAGUAUCAGAGUAGUACUGUCAGUAUUAGUCAGUAUUAAAGUAUUACAGUUUGUAUUACAGUUAGUAUUAAAGUAUUACAGCCAGUGUUAGAGUCAGUACGGAGUAUUACUGUCAGUGUUACAGUUAGUAUUAAAGUAUUACAGCCAGUAUUACAGUUAGUAUUAAAGUUUUACAGCCAGUGUUAGAGUCAGUAUCAGAGUAGUACUGUCAGUAUUAGUCAGUAUUAAAGUAUUACAGUUUGUAUUACAGUUAGUAUUAAAGUAUUACAGCCAGUGUUAGAGUCAGUACAGAGUAUUACAGUCAGUAUUAGAGUCAGUAUUAAAGUAUUACUGCCAGUAUUACAGUUAGUAUUAAAGUAUUACAGCCAGUGUUAGAGUCAGUAUCAGAGUAUUACAGUCAGUAUUAAAGUAAUUACAAUUAGUAUUAAAGUAUUACAGCCAGUGUUAGAGUCAGUAUCAGAGUAUUACUGUCAGUGUUGAAGGUACAUUGAGUGCGUGGGUGGUACGGUUCGUGUUGAGGUAUCGAGUAUUGCUGUCGGUGUUAGAGUCAGUAUCAAGGUAUUUUGAUCAGUAUUAGAGUCAGUCCUGUAUUACGGUUAAUAUAAAAGUAUUGCAGCCAGUAUUAAAGUAUUACAGCCAGUAUUAGUUAGUAUUAAAGUGUUAGAGUCAGUAUCAGAGUAUUACAGUCAGUGUUAGAGUCAGUAUCAGAGUAUUGCGGUCAGUAUUACAGUUAGUAUUAAAGUAUUACAGUCAGUAUUACAGUUAAUAUUAAAGUAUUACAGCCAGUAUUACAGUUAGUAUUAAAGUAUUACAGCCAGUGUUAGAGUCAGUAUUAAAGUAUUACAGUCAGUAUUACAGUUAGUAUUAAAGUACAGCCAGUGUUAGAGUCAGUACAGAGUAUUACAGUCAGUAUUAGAGUCAGUAUUAAAGUAUUACAGUUGGUAUUAAAGUAUUACAGCCAGUGUUAGAGUCAGUACAGAAUAUUACAGUCAGUAUUAAAGUAUUACUGCCAGUAUUACAGUUAGUAUUAAAGUAUUACAGCCAGUGUUAGAGUCAGUAUCAGAGUAUUACAGUCAGUAUUAAAGUAAUUUCAAUUAGUAUUAAGGUAUUACAGCCAGUGUUAGAGUCAGUAUCAGAGUAUUACAGGCAGUGUUAGAGUCUGUAUCAGAGUAUUACAGUCAGUAUUAAAGUAUUACAGCCAGUAUUACAGUUAGUAUUAAAGUAUUACAGCCAGUGUUAGAGUCAGUAUUAAAGUAUUACAGCCAGUAUUACAGUUAGUAUUAAAGUAUUACAGCCAGUGUUAGAGUCAAUAUCAGAGUAUUACAGUUAGUAUUAAAGUAUUGCAGCCAGUAUUAGAGUCAGUAUAAGAGUAUUACAGGCAGUAUUACAGUUAGUAUUAAAGUAUUACAGCCAGUGUUAGUCAGUAUCAGAGUUUUACAGACAGUGUUAGAGUCAGUAUCAGAGUAUUACUGUCACUAUUAGAGUCAGUCAGUAUUACAGUUAAUAUAAAAGUAUUGCAGCCAGUAUUACAGUUAGUAUUAAAGUAUUACAGCCAGUGUUAGAGUCAGUAUCAGAGUCUUACUGUCAGUGUUAGAGUCAGUAUCAGAGUAUUACAGUCAGUCAGUAUUACAGUUAAUAUAAAAGUAUUACAGCCAGUAUUACAGUUAGUAUUAAAGUAUUACAGCCAAUGUUAUAGUCAGUAUCAGAGUUUUACAGCCAGUGUUAGAGUCAGUAUCAGAGUAUUACUGUCAGUGUUAGAGUCAGUAUCAGAGUAUUAUAGUCAGUAUUAGAGUCAGUCAGUAUUACAGUUAAUAUAAAAGUAUUACAGCCAGUAUUACAGUUAGUAUUAAAGUAUUACAGCCAAUGUUAGAGUCAGUAUCAGAGUUUUACAGCCUGUGUUAGAGUCAGUAUCGGAGUAUUAAAGCCAGUAUUACAGUCAGUAUCAGAGUAUUACAGCCAGUAUUACAGUCAGUAUCAGUCAGUUUCAGAGGCAGAAUUAUUUAUGCAUUAACAAAUGUUACUGAUUGCUUUACUUUUUUGCAGUUUGCGUUAAUACAUUGCAUUAAUAUCCAAAUACUAUGCUAAUUAGAACUUAUCAUGUAGGUUUACAAAGUCCUUGGACAAACAGUAUAGCAGGUGUCAAGAGUCAUAAGAUUGCACCUCAAUUUUUUAAAGUAUUUCCUCUGUAUUAUAAUUUAUUAUUAUUAUUAUUAUUAAUACAGCACUAACAUACUCUUCAGUGAGGUACAGUACUGUGUUCUUUUUAGGGAAAAUAUACUUACAGUAUGCAUACAUAUAUACCCAGGACAUACUUGAAAACGAGAGAAAUCUCAAUGUAUCUUUCCUGGUAAAAUAUUUUAUAAAUAAAUAAUCUGUUGCCAUUCUUUGAAACAUAAUUUCUUUAUCGUUUUAAUAUCUCACUAUAAGGUGUCCAAAUAUACAUUAGUUUGGUGGUCAGGUGUGCUUGUAUGGAUGCAAACAUUUUAGUGUGCACUAAAAUAUAUUGGAUCGUGCCUUAUCUUACAUCAGUAUGUGUUCCAAUCUAAAGUAUGUAUCAGUGGGUCUCAUUGCAAAGCUUUCAAAAUGGGGCACCAUAAUUAUUUGUGUUUCAACAAAUACAAUUACCGAUAGACUAACUCAUUAUGAUACAUUUCUAGAAUAGGAAUUCUUUUUAAAAUAAAUGUUAUAUUUUAUUUGGAAGUUUGCCUUCCAGAGGCUUUUAAUUGACCCACCAUCAUAGUACAAUUGUAAUUAUUUAAGCACCAACACUAUUCAAGAAGCUUGAAUCUCAAGAUAAGGUGGUGACAUUUGUAUACAUUAUUUAAUAAAUUCUAGUUGUACUUCAGUGAUCCAUAUAUAUUUAUAUAACAUUUCAACAAAACAUAUAAAUAUGUAUACCUUGUCUUUUUUUAAGUUUAUUUUCCAGACAGCCUCAAAGACAUGCCUCUUCCUGACACAAUGUUCUGUGCACAACAAAUACAUAUACCUCCUGAACUGCCUGACAUCUUAAAACAGUUCACAAAGGCUGCUAUCAGAACCCAGCCUCAUGAUGUGCUUCAGUGGUCAACUGCGUAAGUUAUAUUUUGCUACUCUUACCAACCUAAAUGUGUCCUGCUCAAGUAAGAACAUUUUAUAAAUGUCAGGAAAGUAAAAUGGUUAAAACUCACCAAUUUUCAGCGCUGUGCAGGGCUUCUUGUGUCAAGCCUUGCCCCGAUCAGCCACAGUAAAGCAUUAGAUUGUGAUAAUCUCAGCCAAGCAGGUGAGGCCGAGGUGGAACCAAACGCCACCCUGGCCAAUCAGCAUCUCUAUGAGUAACAUUUAGCGCCUCCAUGCAGUGUGGGGAGAUGCUGAACAUCAGUGCUGCACAUUGUGCUGUCCCAGGAAGUGCCUCUAGUGACCUUCUGAGUGACUGCCACUAGAGGUGUUAGUAGGCAGUAAUGUAAAUACUGCUUUUUCUCUUUAUUAAAAUGCCUGCAUGGACAUACUUACAAGACAUGUUCAUGUGACUAUAGUAUCCCUUUUAGUCCAUUAUUUAUAUGGUAAUUAUGUAGUAAUUUAUUUCUACAACUACAUGUAUGGCACAUUACAAAAUUUUCAUAAAAGUUAUGGAAUUUGCUCAGUUUUAUAUUUUGUUUGUUUGGUUUUUUUUUUGCUUCAGGAAGUAUUCAUUUUACAGCUCAAACAUUUACCAUUAGUUUAUUAUAAUAUGCUUUUCUCACUUUCAUAGCUCACAAUUUGAAUUCUAACUGUAUCUUGAUUAGGUGAAAAUACCAAGAGCUCAAAAGGAAUCCUAUGAAUGAAAUGUGUUAUAUCAUGUAUACUUAAAAUAUGGGUAAUUAUUGCAAGUGAUCUAUUGUUACCAUAUAACAGCUAUUUUAGAGGUACUUAAGCAGGACAGGAUAUCACGACCUCGCUCCCACACUCACCUACCUCAUGCUCCCACGCCACGUCUCUCUCUCACUCCAUUAGGAUGCAGUUUCGGAGCUCGACCCUCCAGAUAGCGUGGUCGGCUCAACCACCCACGCCGAUCGCUUAUGUUCAUAUGAACGCCACGUCUGUUCGUGCGAACACAACUUACCAACACAGGAGGCAGAACUCCGUUCGUAUGGACACUGGUUACUGAACAUGGCAAGAACAGAACCCUGUUCAUGAAUGUGACAAACGCCCUGUGGUGGUUUGCCACGAGUUUUUGGAGGAGCCUGUUAGCCAGCCUCCUGCCCUAGGAUUAUGGACCAUACAAAAUACCCUGCCAACUACUCUGUUCAUGUGAUUUGGGAUUAUGUUGUUUGGGAAGCGAACAACCGCAUGAACCAGAGACACCCCAGGAGCUUGUUAAGCCCAAUUGACACCUUGUUACUAGUUCCACUGCAGUGUUCUAAUUGUUCGUCUGGGUCGUAUGAACGUCCACAAGGAGACGGCCAUCUUGUUCCCGCGAACUCAGCCAGAGGUGUUUGGGCAUCAAUCUCCUGGAACUAAAAUCGGACAUGGAAACUCCCGAACACCACUGGACCUCCAUCAUCUACUGCGUUCGUUCUAUACGACUUAGAAGGGCACUGUUCAGAGGAAACGUUCCCACAAACAAAGUGAACAUGCUCCAGAGAACUAUGGAUUCCAUUCGGUAGUUGUUUGUUUUUUAAACUACCGAACUUGACCGACCAUUAGCACUUAUUUCAUGGAACUGUGUUGGGCAUAGGACCAUGUGCACGGUCGGUCAGAAUUAUGAAUUAUGACUUCCAUGGAAAUCCCGAACCCCUGAACCAAUCUGGGUGAUUUUUGAUUUCAGGAGAAGUGUAGCGGUACUUACCCUUUCCAGGGGCCGGCCGGGGUCCUCUGUUCGAGCCGCGCGCGGUCCUGCUGCUGCACGAGCCGCGCGCGGCUCAUCCGACGGCUGUGACUGGAAAGCGGUCACGUGUUCCACCUAACUCUAAGAGCGCGCCGCGGGUAUCGGGCGCGCUCUUAAAGGGACAGUGGGUGCCUAAAUUGGAAAAGGCAUCCCAUUGGUCCCUGUCAUGCCACACUCCCCAUACACUUACCUUUUGGGGGCGUGGAUGUGACAGGGACCAAUCAAAUUAGAUGUUUAGGUAUUUAUACUCACCUUCUUCCCUUUGUUCCUUGCCCUAUCGUGGUUUCUGUAUCAGUUCCCUUUAGCGCUUGUUGUGUUCAGUUGUGUUUCUCCGUAUUGACCUUGGCUUUGUUUCUGACUACGUUUUCUCUUUAUCCUUCUGUUCUGGUUGUCGGCUUGUUGUUUACUGUGUACCAGACCCCGGCUUGUCCUAGUUUACGCUGUCUCUCUGUGCCCUUGAUUUCGGAUUGUUCCUGACUCUGUCUCCUCUCAUAUACGUCGAGUCCGGCCAUUCUAAGGUCCGGUAGACGUAUCUCUCCUCUCUGUUGUCUUUUGUUUAGCUGAAUCCUGCGUGUUGGGGUAUAUUCUCGUUACAAGAAGUAACGCUUGUGCGGUUUUUAUAUGUUUUUUUUUUUUUAUUGCCUGUUUCUGUACUGAGAGAUAAUUCAAUUAUAUGUUUAUGAGCUCAGGUAAUUAUCUCUUAGGCACAGGGGAGGGGUAUGCUAGAUGUUUGCUUGUAACUAGUCUCCUCUCAGGUCCAGGAGGAGGGAUUUUGUGUUUUGUGUGGGAGUGUUAUGGGCGUGUUUGACUGCGUCUAAAUUGUUUAAAAGCAGGCCAUCUGGCCAGAUUAAAGCAUUCCAGCUUGUACUCCCAGAACUAUGUGUCGUCUGGUUACUGGGAAAGGAAAGGGCUAAUCACUACUCCAGCUUGUUCCAGUGUGGAGGAUUCAACAGGGGAAAGUCCUUGUAAGGACUACAGCUCCCAGGACUGAGUGUCAUCCAGUGCGAGUGAAUAGAGUGAGUUCCCUACUCGGCUCCAGGAGGGUGCGGUUCCAGGGCCCCAGAAUGGUAAAGAUAAUAGGCACUUCAUAAACUGUGAUAAUUCCACUACUUUGAAUUUUCAAAUCUUGUACUCAAAGAUGAUAAAGGACAUGUGGAAGAAACCUAUGAUGUAGUCAGUGGUAUACCUACCACGGUCGCAGGGGCCUCCUGGAUACCCUCUGGGCCAGUGCACAGGAGAGGGAAUGGGACACAUGGAAGGGCUGUGGGGCAUUGGGAAUGAGACACAUGGGGGAUCCUGGGGGAAUGAGACACCGGGGGGAAUGACGCACCGGGGGUGGGGGGUUUGAUACACAAUUUUCGAACUGGGACCUGGUAGAUUCUAGUUACUCCUCUGGGUGUAGUGUAUAUAUAUAUAUAUAUAUAUAUAUAUAUAUAUAUAUAUAUAUAUAAACAAAACACACUAUUUACUAUGGAAAAACUUACAAAAGGAGAGCAUUUCCAAGCCCAUAAAAAGAUGUCAGGAAGCAAAAAAACCUUUUCUGUAGUAAAGUGCAUGUGCAGGACAAAAAAGACUUCCGUCUUUACAGCAAAAUAUAAAGUCACAAUAGCAAAAAAAAAAAAGUAACAAAUCUAGACAACCAGACUUCCUCAGGGGGUAAACAGUCGCCAAGUUGACAUUUCGUAUACAAAAAUUGUAAUCUUAGAAAUACUGUCCUCUUGUAUAUUACAAGAUAUUGUUGGUGUGAACACAUGCCAGGUGACUGACAUCUCCCAGCCAACCACACUCAGAACUCAGGACAAUGCAGGCAGAGUGCUGCUGAAGCACUGUCUGCAUUGUCCUAGGCCUCUCAGCACAGCUCGCUGGGGAUAGUUCCCUGCUGGUCUGCAGCAAAAUUCGGAUGGCGAGAGUGGAGCUCAAAAUUGUAACGGGGCUGCCUAAAUUAGAAUAGUUAGGAGGUUCAAUAAUUGUGUAUAACAGUAUCUUUUUUUCUUCCUAAACCAUUACACAAAGUGUUUUAACCCCUUAAGGACCAAACUUCUGGAAUAAAAGGGAAUCAUGACAUGUCACACAUGUCAUGUGUCCUUAAGGGGUGUGACGAAGUGCCCUUCGCCACUUGUGCCUGGAGAGGACUGCUUGCCCGCCUCUUGCCCUGUGACUAUGGCCCCUGGUUUGUAUUGCCCUUUAAAGACAUGAUUUGGGCAUAAUGGAUUUGUGUUGUGCUGCUGCUGGCCCUUUAAGAACCAUCUGGGGACAUACUGUGGAGUUACUGGGUGGCCACCAUUUCCUGUAUCAGAAGCACAUGGUGAGAACAAUGGAUGGCGGCCAUUUUAACUCACAGACACUGUUUGGACUUUUCAACACGGUGCCAUCUUGCCAGUAUUUGGUGCACAGAGACAUCGUGCAGUGGUUUUGGACUAUACAGCAGGGGACACAUUAUAAAGUGAUUGUUUUUCAUUUAGCCUGUAUAUGUUCUGCAGAAUCUGCAUUAAACUGUAUUUUCCAAAGUACUGAACGGAUCUGGGUGAAUUUUGGAUAUGUGGUUCACCCAGAUCCCCCGGUUCCAAGGAUAUACUUUUUAUGGGGUUAUUGCAUGUUUUGGGGUCCCUGUGUGUAUUAUGAAACUGUAUUAUUUCUGGCCAGCAGAUAAUUGAGUUUUGUGUAUUGUAGAAACUCAAUUAUCUAGCCUGGCCCAGAGGAGGAGUUUUGUGUUGCAUAAAUUGUGAGUUCUGUGUGCCAGUAAAUCAGUCUUGUUCCAGCAUUAAGCCUUGGCUCAUGUUUGGGGGAAGGGAUACCUACACUCUGGGGAUUGCUAUAAUCACUUACUCCCCAGAGGAAGCUCUUGCAAUAGCUUGAUUUGUUCCUGUUCCUGCUCUCUGGGGAAAGAGAGGUUCACCCACUGGAAGCUGGAUCCUGGCCUUGGGUCCAGGGUGGGUGGAAACAGCAGAGACCCCGGCGCAGUUGCAUCGCUGGAAGUGGGGUCUGCAGUGCUGAUGGUGUCAGUUGGAGUGCUUGGAGUCCUCAGCGAGCACUAGGAGCAUCGAUUGGCGGAGGUACUCAGUCGGAGUGCCAGCGUUCCGUCACAUUUGGUGGCAGUGUGUCAGGAACCAGGAACCAGACAGAGACAGAUCUAGAUGCAAAAACACCUUUAUUUAAUAAACAACAAAGAAAUCACCAAAAGCAAAGUCCAGGAGGCAAGCAGGGGUCAGUCACCAGAGCGGGUAGUCAGACGAGCCAGGAUCAGGAGCACGGAGGUCAGCGGAGUCAGGAACAAGGCCAGAGUCAGGAACCAGGAGCAAACAGGAAACACAGGAACAAGGAGACUUCUGGGGGACAGGAAACCACGCAAGGGCAAGGAGGUUGUGGAAUUUGCUGCUUAAAUAGGCUGAAGUGAUUAGCAGCAGGGUUGAUUAUUAUUCUCAGGUGAGUAACCUUGGCAACAUGCUGAAGGAGCUGAUAGUUAAUUACAGCUGAAACCUCAGACACUGAAAAAGGAAGGGUGGCUGUUUAAAACAGCAAAGAAACCCUGACAGUACCUCCCCCUCAACGACUCCCCCCAUUUCUGCUGGUGGGUCCGGGCUUCAUGGGGAAGCGAGCGUGAUAGGAACGAAGGAGGGAUGGUGCAUGGACAUCAGAGGCUGGAACCCAGGAGCGUUCCUCUGGACCGUACCCUUUCCAGUGCACCAAGUAUUGGAUCUGUCCUCUGAAGACUCGUGAGUCAAUGAUGCUGCGUAUUUCAUAUUCCUCAUGAUUGUCAACCGGAAUAGGACGUCGACGUGGUACUGAGGUGGUGUAACGAUUACAUACCAAUGGUUUCAAGAGGGAAACAUGGAAUACAUUAGAAAUGCGCAUGUUAGCAGGAAGGUCAAGUGCGUAAGCUACAGGGUUAACCCUUCGAAGUAUACGAAAUGGCCCAGCAUAUCGGGGUGCCAGUUUUUGUGAGGGAACACGGAGCCGUAGGUUGCGAGAAGACAACCAGACCCUCUCUCCGACUUGAUAGGUAGGUGCAGGAAGGCGUCUGCGGUCGGCCUGGAGUUUGUAGUUCUGCAUUGCGUGUUGCAAAGAGUUCUGAACCUGCACCCAAGUGGAACGGAGUUCCCUGAGAUGUUCCUCCAAUGCCGGUAUCCCUUGUGGCAUGAACGUAUCAGGCAAUAUGGACGGUUGAAAGCCAUAGUUCGCCAAGAAUGGGGAUAGCCGGGAAGAGGCAAACUCCGCCCAGGGUAGCAGAUCAGACCAGUUGUUCUGGUGGUCAGAAAUGUAGCAACGCAGAAACUGUUCCAGUGUUUGGUUAGCUCGUUCCGCGGCACCAUUGGAUUGCGGGUGGUAGGCAGAGGAGAAGGAGAGCUGAAUUCCCAUUUGUGUACAAAAAGCUCUCCAAAAUCUGGACACAAACUGGCUACCCCUAUCUGAGAUUAUCACUUUGGGUAACCCAUGCAAACGAAAGACCUCCCGAGCAAAAAUUGUUGCAAGUUCCUGAGAAGUUGGUAGUUUUUUCAAGGGAAUGCAAUGCGACAUCUUUGAGAAUCGAUCAACAACCAUGAGAAUGACUGUAUUGCCACGGGAGACCGGAAGAUCUACGAUAAAAUACAUGGACAAGUGGGUCCAGGGUCGUUCACCAUUAGGUAUGGUUUGCAGGAGACCCAAUGGAGGGUGUCGUGGGGUUUUAUUUUGAGCGCAUACAGGACAGGCAGCUACAAAAGCAGUGACAUCCGAACGGAGACUAGGCCACCAAAAUUGCAGAGAGACGGACCAGAUUAAUUGGUUUUUGCCUGGAUGUCCAGCUGCUUUGGAGUUGUGAUAAGUACUUAAUAAUUUAGUACGGAGAUGGAUGGGUACAAAACAACAGCCAUUAGGUUUCUCUGGAGGAGCAUUACUUUGUGCAGCCAGAAUCUCCUCGCCUAGGUGUGAGGUGAGGCUAGUACGGAUGGUGGCCAGUAUAUGAUCCGGAGGAAUCACAGGAGUAGGGGUUAUCUCCUCUCUAGAUGGAGGGGAGAACUGUUGGGACAAGGCAUCAGCCUGAAUGUUUUUAGUACCGUAAGAAACCACAUAAUUGAAUCUUGAUAGGAAGAGAGCCCAUCUAGCUUGCCUGGGGGAAAGUCGCUUAGCUUCGGAAAGAUAUGUCAGAUUCUUGUGGUCUGUGAGGAUGAGAAUUGGCACUGAAGUAUCCUCAAGAAGGUGCCUCCAUUCUUUGAGAGCUAAUAUUAUGGCUAGAAGUUCUCUAUCACCAAUCUGGUAAUUGCAUUCCGCCGGGUUUAAUUUCUUCGAGAAAUACCCGCAUGGAUGCCUGGAGCUCUCUGGGUUAGGACGUUGAGACAGGAGGGCGCCUACUCCUGUCUCAGACGCAUCGACUUCAAGAAUGAAUGGUAAGGCAGGGUUAGGGUGUGCCAGUAUAGGAGCAGCAGCAAAGGCGACUUUGAGAGACUCAAAAGGAAGAAAUGGCUUCAUGUGACCAAUGCUGUGGGUCAGCAUCUCUCCUGGUCAUAUCCGUGAGUGGUUUAACCAAGGAGGAAAAGUUGCGUAUGAACUUCCGAUAAUAAUUGGCGAAGCCAAGAAAACGCUGUAUAGAGCGAAGACCCGUAGGUCGAGGCCAUUUUAGUACAGCAGAAAGUUUUUCUGGGUCCAUAGAGAAUCCAGUAUCAGAGAUAACAUAGCCCAAGAAUGUGACCUGUUUGCAAUUGAACUCACAUUUCUCCAAUUUACAGAACAGAUUAUUUUCUCUAAGUCUCUGUAGAACACUAGAAACGUCUGCGUGGUGGUUCUCGAGAGAUGUGGAAUGGAUAAGAAUAUCAUCAAGAUAAACCACCACACAUUGCUGCAGCAUAUCUCGCAGGACGUCAUUUAUAAAUUCCUGGAAAACCGCCGGAGCGUUGCAAAGACCAAAGGGCAUUACUAGGUAUUCGUAAUGCCCGCUCCUGGUGUUAAAUGCGGUUUUCCAUUCGUGGCCCUCUUUUAUCCGGACGAGAUUAUAUGCCCCUCUCAGAUCAAGUUUAGUGAAGACCGUUGCUCCCUUGAGGCGGUCAAAUAACUCAGUGAUCAAUGGAAUGGGGUAGGCAUUCUUAAUAGUAAUGCGAUUGAGACCCCUAUAGUCGAUACAGGGUCUCAACUCACCACUCUUCUUUUUCACAAAGAAAAAGCCGGCCCCGGCAGGAGAAGAUGACUUCCGAAUGAAUCCCUUUGACAACGCAUCAGUAACAUACUCCUCCAUGGCUCGAUUCUCUGCUACAGACAGCGGGUAAACCCGUCCACGGGGAGGAUUGGCACCAGGUUGGAGUUCGAUACCACAGUCAUACGGACGGUGUGGUGGCAGAACGCUAGCUUGACCUUUGUCAAAUACAUCUUGGAAUUCUUGGUACUCAGCGGGUAAGGAAGAGGCAGAAAUUGUGCCCAAAACUUUGACCGGUUUCCAGAGACAGGAAAAUGUGCAUUGCUGGGACCAAGAUAAUAUCUCAGAUUUGCGCCAAUCAAUUGUGGGGUUAUGCUUCUGUAGCCAAGGGUAUCCUAAAAUAAACUGGUAGUAAGGAGAGGAAAUGACCUGGAAUUGGAUCAUCUCAUGAUGUAGAGCCCCUACAGCCAGAGAUAUGGGUACGGUUUCCUGGGUCACGAGGGCUGGCUGUAUAGGUCGGCCAUCGAUGGCUUCGAAAGCUAGUGGGGAGUUGCGAGGCUGUAAGGGUAUAGAGUGCUCUGAUGCAAAUGCACAAUCUAUAAACAAGCCUGCGGCCCCAGAAUCAAGAAAUGCCCGGGUUUUAAUGGAUGACUCCGGCCAGGAGAGGAUAAUAGGCACCAAGGUUUUGUCCUUAUUUAUCUCUGGGUCUGCAGAAAGACCCCCCAAGAUCUGCCCCUGACAGUAUCUUGGGUACGGGCCCUUUACCGGACGAAUCGGGCAAAACUUUAAUAUGUGACCGUGGUGUCCGCAGUAUAGGCACAGGCCCUCCCUCCUCCUAAAGGCUCUCUCCUCGACAGAGAGGCGUGAGAAGCCUAACCGCCUCGGCUCCACACCGACAGAGGACUCAGGGCCAGGAGGCAUGGGAGGUGAGGGAGGUUUGGGUGGGCAGGAAAAGCUCGGUGCCAAACCUACUGGAGGCCUCCGCAGGCGCUCCCUGGAUGAGGAUCUCUCUCGGAGUCUGAUGUCAAUGAGGGUGACAAAUGAUAUCAGUUCCUCGAGAUCUUUAGGUAAUUCUCUGCCUGCAAUCUCAUUUUUCAUUACAUCGGAUAGCCCCUGUGCAAAGGCAGCCACAAGAAUCUCGUUAUUCCAGCCACCCUCUGCUGCCAUGGUACGGAAUUCACUGGCAUACUCAACAAUAGUUUUUGUGCCCUGAUUAUUAGACAUGAGUUGUUUGGCAGUAGGGGUGGAGCGAGCUGGAAUAUCAAAAACCCUUUUAAAGGACGCAACAAAUUCAGGGUAAUUGUAAAUGAUGGGCCUCUCUGCCUCCCAGAGAGGUUUUGCCCAAGCUAGGGCUUUUUCAGACAGCAAAGAAAUCAUGAACUGGACUUUGUCGCUGUCUGUAGGAAAUGCCUGGGGCAGCAUUUCAAGGUAUCCUUUAACCUGAUUUAUAAAUUCUUUGCACUGAGCUGGGUUGCCCCCAAAAUACUGAGGGAGCGGGACAGACCCAGUCAUUCCUCUAGCCGCAACAGGUUCAGAGGUUACAACUGGUGCUAGAACAGGAAGUGAGGCAGAGGCGGCCGCAAUCGCAGGCUGGCCGGGUUUUGGAUUCAGAUUGGCAUACUGGUCUAAAUGGUGGUUCUGCUGGUCCCACCGGGUAAAUAGGUUAGGUAUAGGUGUAUUGCCUGUACCAUCUGUAUUCAUGGCCCUUGCGUAAUGUCAGGAACCAGGAACCAGACAGAGACAGAUCUAGAUGCAAAAACACCUUUAUUGAAUAAACAACAAAGAAAUCACCAAAAGCAAAGUCCAGGAGGCAAGCAGGGGUCAGUCACCAGAGCGGGUAGUCAGACGAGCCAGGAUCAGGAGCACGGAGGUCAGCGGAGUCAGGAACAAGGCCAGAGUCAGGAACCAGGAGCAAACAGGAAACACAGGAACAAGGAGACUUCUGGGGGACAGGAAACCACGCAAGGGCAAGGAGGUUCUGGAAUUUGCUGCUUAAAUAGGCUGAAGUGAUUAGCAGCAGGGUUGAUUAUUAUUCUCAGGUGAGUAACCUUGGGCAACAUGCUGAAGGAGCUGAUAGUUAAUUACAGCUGAAACCUCAGACACUGAAAAAGGAAGGGUGGCUGUUUAAAACAGCAAAGAAACCCUGACACAGUGGCGGGAUGGCGUCCUAGUGCGAGGACCAGCAGCUCGGAGACACCGGUAACGUGUGGAGUUACGGAUUUAUAAUUGAGGGCAACGCUAGCACUUGUGCAGCGACCCUGGCUUCAGAGGAACUCAAGGGAUAGAGCUAGCUACGGGCAGCGUCCCUAUCCACAGCAACAUGGAAGAGGAGUUUCGCUGGAGGUUGCAGCAGCACUUGGCCCAACAGGACGGGCCUGUAUCAGAGGAGUGCAUACUGGACUGGAGAGAUGUCACUCGUACGGAGAUGUGGCACGAUGCCCUGGAAAAGGUACAACGGCGGCGGGGAGAGAGCCUUCCCAGUGACGAGCAGCGGUUCCAGGUACUCGAGGCCCUGCGCUCCCCUUUCCUAGGGGAGCAACCCUUGGAUGAAUGGUUGUUGGAACUCUGGGAUUUAAUUUGGAAGGAGUUGUGGCUAGAUGCAGCUUACCGGGCAUUAAAGUGGUACGCCACCCAGCGCAACCCCUCGAUGACUAACCACUAUCUGCCCGAGGGAGAGGAUUAUAAUGGCCCGGGCUUACUGUGGGAGGCCUAUGAGGAGGGCGAUGACUUUGGAUGCCCCACAGAGUUUCGGUUCUGGGACAUCCACAACAUCAGGGAAACCCUGCUGGAUCUUCCCCGAGCGGACGACCUGGGGCCAGACCUGAGUCAUCUGGUCGCAAUGGAGUGGGGGCUGGAGCAGAGCUACCGACGCCUGUUCAACUUAGCCCAAUCACCGUCCCUCAGCCCAGAGGAUUACCUGGACACCCUACCCUCUUCUGUCCAACCAGCCCCAGAGGUGAGCAACCUUAUGGAACGGUCCUGGGAAGACCCACAGAUGGCAGGUGGAGAUGGAACCGAGGUCUCUCCACCUGCCCCACAGGGAUGCUGGGUACCCGGCCCAGAUCCCCAGCGGCAGUGUAUCUCACAGGGAGAGGAGACAACCGGUCUCCCUUCCCAGCAGCAGCCUGAGUUCCAGGAGGAGGUGAUGGUAGAUCCCUCCCCCAUACAGCAACCAGCGUCCUGGGGAGGGGAGGCAACCGGCCUCCCUCUCCUCCACCAACCAGAGGUACCUGAGGUAGUGGACCUCAUAGACGUGUCCUGGGGACACACAGAGAUGGCAAGCAGAGAUGGGACCGAAGUCUCUCUGCCAGCCCUACAGGGAUGCUGGGCAGUCAGCCCAGGUCCCCAGCGGCAGUAUAAUAUACAGGGAGAGGAGACAACUGGUCUCUCUCCCCAGCGGCGGCCUGAGUUCCAGGAGGAGGUGAUGGUCGAUCCCUCCACCUUACAGCAACCAGCGUCCUGGGGAGGGGAGGCAACCGGCCUCCCUCUCCAACAGCAGCCGGAGGUGGGCGACCUCAUAGACUUGUCCUGGGGACACACAGAGAUGGCAAACGGAGAUGGGACCAAAGUCUCUCUGCCUGCCCUAAAGGGAUGCUGGGCAGUCAGCCCAGGUCCCCAGCGGCAGUAUAAUAUACAGGGAGAGGAGACAACUGGUCUCUCUCCCCAGCGGCGGCCUGAGUUCCAGGAGGAGGUGAUGGUCGAUCCCUCCACCUUACAGCAACCAGCGUCCUGGGGAGUGGGGGCAACCAGCCUCCCCCUCCAACAGCAGCCAGAGAUACCGGGAGAGGGGGAAGACAAACCUAACCACACUGGCGCAGAUGGGACCGCGGUCUCUGUGCCAGUCCUACAGGGAGGCUGGACGGGCGGUCCAGAUCCCCAACCAACCCCGCAGGGAUGCCAGGAGGAGGAGGUAAGCAAAACUUCCCCUCCCCAGCUACAUCCCAACCGGGUCCUGGGGGCAGUGGAUGAGCCUGCGAUACCCACUGACCCCCUCCCAGCAGAAGAGCUGGCAUCUGGGCAGAGCUCUGUUAGCCUCUGCCCCCCCUUUUCCCCUGUAUCAGAGCCUGACUUACCACGGGUUACCCCAGUGGAAGAGCUGGCAGCAGGGCAGAGCGCCGCUGGCCUCUGCCCCCCAAGCAACACCAGCAGUUUGCCUAGCUGCACCAGGGAGACCGAGAGUGCUGCGCUGUCCCACUACAAACUUGAACCUACAGGCCAGUACCAUUUAUUGUGGGGGGAUUACUCUGUGUAUUUUUCUUUGUGGGUGGGCUGCCCGACUAAUCUAGGUACUGACCGGCAGAAGGUCAGGUACCUGUUUAGUCUUCCCCCCAAAGGGAAGAUGUGUGACGAAGUGCCCUUCGCCACUUGUGCCUGGAGAGGACUGCUUGCCCUCCUCUUGCCCUGUGACUAUGGCCCCUGGUUUGUAUUGCCCUUUAAAAACAUGAUUUGGGCAUAAUGGAUUUGUGUUGUGCUGCUGCUGGCCCUUUAAGAACCAUCUGGGGACAUACUGUGGAGUUACUGGGUGGCCACCAUUUCCUGUAUCAGAAGCACAUGGUGAGAACAAUGGAUGGCGGCCAUUUUAACUCACAGACACUGUUUGGACUUUUCAACACGGUGCCAUCUUGCCAGUAUUUGGUGCACAGAGACACAGUGGACUAUACAGCAGGGGACACAUUAUAAAGUGAUUGUUUUUCAUUUAGCCUGUAUAUGUUCUGCAGAAUCUGCAUUAAACUGUAUUUUCCAAAGUACUGAACGGAUCUGGGUGAAUUUUGGAUAUAUGUUCCAAGGAUAUACUUUUUAUGGGGUUAUUGCAUGUUUUGGGGUCCCUGUGUGUUUUAUGAAACUGUAUUAUUUCUGGCCAGCAGAUAAUUGAGUUUUGUGUAUUGUAGAAACUCAAUUAUCUAGCCUGGCCCAGAGGAGGAGUUUUGUGUUGCAUAAAUUGUGAGUUCUGUGUGCCAGUAAAUCAGUCUUGUUCCAGCAUUAAGCCUUGGCUCAUGUUUGGGGGAAGGGAUACCUACACUCUGGGGAUUGCUAUAAUCACUUACUCCCCAGAGGAAGCUCUUGCAAUAGCUUGAUUUGUUCCUGUUCCUGCUCUCUGGGGAAAGAGAGGUUCACCCACUGGAAGCUGGAUCCUGGCCUUGGGUCCAGGGUGGGUGGAAACAGCAGAGACCCCGGCGCAGUUGCAUCGCUGGAAGUGGGGUCUGCAGUGCUGAUGGUGUCGGUUGGAGUGCUUGGAGUCCUCAGCGAGCACUAGGAGCAUCGAUUGGCGGAGGUACUCAGUCGGAGUGCCAGCGUUCCGUCACAAGGGGUUAAUAGCAUUUUACUUUAGAGUAUAGAAUAGGUUUUGAGUUAAAGAGUUGUUUAUAUUUCAUUUAAAGUGUGUAUUUUAACUGUUGCAGGUAUUUUAACUGUUUAGCCAAAGGAGAACAGUUACCAGUCAAGAGCCGGGUUGAACUACCAGUGGCCACACAAAAAACAGACACGGGCCUAACUCCUGGGCUUCUAACAAUUCUUCAUAAACAGGUACAUAGAAGAUUCUUACAUUUGAUUGAGGUGAAACUCAAUACUUAUUUUUCAUGGAAAAGGGAAUGCAAUAAAGAUUUUAUUUCCAUGGUUUUAUGUUGAUCUUCAGUAAACAAUAUUGUAUAUUGUCUAGCUCUGCCUUUUUCUGACAUAUAAACACAAUCCUGUAUCAUGUAGUUAGAAUGUAUUUUUGUGUCCUCUACAUGGAAUCACAAAUAAGCUUUGUUCUAUUGCAUACCCAAAUAACAGCAAUUUAUAUGAUAUUUUCAAAAUGAAUUUCGAAUUUAAGGCCAAUAUAGCUGAUCAGGAAGUAUAAUUGAUUUAGAGAAUGUUUCCAGAUUGGCUGUUUUGGCCUUAAAAUUCAUUUUGACUUCACUUUCAAUUCUCAGUUUAGUGAAUAAACUUACAUGCCAGUUGAUCAGAUACUCACAAAUGAUAGAGGUAAAAUGAUCACAUCCGUGGUAUUGUUGAGUAGACAGUGUAUGUCAACUGCUAGCAUUAUUGCAUUGUACUUCACUGGACUUUUCCCCAUGAGUUAACUUGGAUAUUAUAUCUCUUUAGAGGUAAUGCUUUACUGGUGAGUUGUAGGAAGGAUUUUCUAAUUUAUUUGCUUGUUUUUUUUUUUUUUUAUAUUUGUUAGAUUGCAUAAGGCAUUAUUUAAUACAUUGAUACUUUAAAAGAUUUCUAGUGAAAACGUAUUGAACAGCUUACAUAGAGGUGGGAUGCUUUUUGAGCUCGUCUAUGUCUGAAUAACAGUACAUCCCCUAAUUUUGGCGUCAGUUUAGGAUCCCUGCAUUUUGCAAAGCUCUAACUGUGCCAUACACCAUGCUAUCUCAUAAUGCAUCAUAAUGAAAAACACCCGAUUCCCUGUCCUAGAGUUCUUAGGUUGUUGAUAAAUCUUCAACUGCCUUGUCUGUCUGAUUACAGUCAGAGGAAAUGGAGAUUGAUCACUCUAGAAGGAUGAUUAGAUAGGAGUUGUCAGGCUGGAACUCACACUUCCCCCAAAUUGCCUCAUAACCAGUGUGGUUAAUGAUAUCAUGUUUGGCCUUCUUACUGUAAUGUGACCUUCCCCCUAUUGAACUUGGCAUAUUGUACAAGUUUGCUGACUGAAACAACAUUGUGUUCCAUCGUGUUAGGUGCAUCUCUGGCUCUAAAAACACCUGGGGCUUGAUCCCAAAUCCUCUGUCACUGUUUACAGCCUUGUCAAGCCAUUGAGACAAUUGAAGGAAAAGCUACCCUAGACAGGGACGCCAUCAGGCUGUAAAAAAACUCUCUUUUGUUGUCAACAGUUUAGGUAUUAAUGGCUGUGUGUUGAGUUAUUUUGAGGUGACAGCACAUUUACACUGUUACAUAGGCUGUGCAUUUACUACUUUACAUUGUAGCAGAGUGUAAUUUCUUCAGUGUUGUCACAUGAAAAGAUAUAAUAAAAUAUUUACAAAAAUGUGAGGGGUGUACUCACUUUUGUGAGAUACUGUAUGUCAGUAUGUGUCUGUAUGUAUGUCAGUAUAUGUAUGUGUCUAUGUAUGUGUGUAUGUAAGUAUGUGUAUUUUUGAAAUUGUAUGUCAGUAUGUAUGUGUGUAUUUAUAUCAGUAUAUAUAUGUGUGUAUGUGUGUAUGUAUGUAUGUAUGUAUGUAUGUGUGUGUAUGUCUGUAUGUCCUAAUGCAUGUGUGUGUUGUGUGUGUCUGUAUCUAUGUUAGUAUGUGUCUGUGUGUCACUAUGUAUGUCUGUGUGUCUGUAUAUGUGUGUUUGUUUCAGUAUGUGUGUCUGUUAGGAUGUAUGUAUGUAUCGUUGUUUGUGUGUAUCUGUGUCCUUUUGUAUCAGUGCGUGUGUUUGUGUCUGUGUGUGUAUUCCUGUGGGGCAGGCCCUGGAGUGGGCUUGGAGGCUGUCCACGGGGGGCCCAGACCUUGAGCUGUGUUAGAAGCCCCAAAAUUUCUGAUGGCGUCCCUGACCCUAGAGUUCCACAGUGGUACAAAUCUUCUGUUUAGAAUCUACAGUGCCACUGCAAGGAAAUAAAGCACUGGUAUUAGUAGGAGGAAUUGUAGCAUUAUUUAGAAAUGUAAAUGACAAAUAUCCCAUGAUGGGAUAUGGGGAUAAUGAGCAACACAUCUGGGGUUUAACCCCUAAAGCCCCACUAGCAUUGUCCAUGCACGACUUUAAAAGGGAUAUAUAUCUCAAUAAUACAUAAGAAAUUACAUUUUGCAUGGUGCUUAAAAUUGCUAAGGAACAGUUAACUUUUUCAUGGAACAGUUAAAUUCAUGUUUAGUAAGGUAAAGAUAAUGGUUCGAAACACAAAAGCCUAUUUGCGGUUGAAGGAAACAGAUUUCACCUACGAUCUAAUUUCCUGUUAAUACUAUGUUAUUGCAUACAUAUAUAUGCAUGGUAUCGUCCGACAGUUUUUGCAGGUAUACAUAAUCAAUUCAUACUUUGGCCCUUUGAAUUGAGUUAUAGAAAAUUUACAUAAAAUAUUGCAAAGUAGUGUAAAAUCCCAUUUUUAUAUUACGCAACUUGCUGUUCUGCAAUACUAUUGCAAUAAGGAACCUAGUGCUCUAAAAAAUCUUAAUUUGUAAAUUCUUCCCCCCUCCCCACUUAUUUUCAGUUAUCCUACAAGAUUUUUGUAAUUGAAGAUGAAUUAAAAGAAAAGUGGAAUGAUCUCAGCUUACCUCAAGAGCAAUUGCAAUGUAUUUUGGCGCUGGAUAACUUCGAGAGAGAUGUAGAGUGGAUGAAAUUUCUAGGUCUUGCCUGUAGCACUCUUGGAGGGGUUUGUAUACUAAUAUUGCUAUUUAUGAAAAAAAAAGAAUGUUCUGAUGUGCUUUAUAUAUAACAUACAUAAUCUAGCGCACUCAACUUUUAACGCUUUUCAAAGCUCGCAAAAUGUUAGUUUCAGAAAUAAUCUGGAUUUAAUUACAGUAUGUAUUGAUACAUUGUAUAAUCCAUUUCACCCCAUUUCUGGCAGGUCCAUCCAACGCUCUAUUUCAUUUGAAAUUUCUUUGUGCCCUUAGUUAUUAGCAACAAAAACAGAAUAUGAGAACUGGCAAAAGCUCAGAGAGCCUCAAUAACUUGCCCUUUGGUUAGUCCCCACUCAUGUUUUAAAAAGGUUUUUGCUCACUUGUGCCAUGACAGAGAGAACUAAUGCUAUUUGCAUUUCAGACUGAUCCCAACAAUUAGGGCAGUCUAGAUCUGAAAUGCUGAAAAGUUGAUCUCUGAUCAGUCUGAUCUCUCCUUGGGCCAAGAAGCUUUUAACACACAUAUUAAAUAUUAUAUUCCUGAAUAUUAUGCUUUUGCAAGAAAUCAUCCAGUCGCUGUUUAAAAAAUCUGUACAGAGUCUGAUAAAAUCCUCUUUUCAGGCAGAUAGUUCCACAUCAUUACUCUUCUUACUAUAAAGGAUCCUGGCCUUUGCCUUAGACUAAAUCACCAUUUGACCAGUCUACAUGGGUGACCUUGUAUCCUAAGUAUAGUAUACAUACAUAUCCUAUGUAUAGUGCAUAUACAGGUGUGCUUACAAAUUUGCAUACCCUUUGAGAAUUGGUAAUAUAUGUACCAUUUUUCAAGAAAACACGUGUGCAGGCAAAAUACAUUUCUUUUAUUUCUUAUGGGAUUCAUAUUCAACUGUAGGUUAUAACAAAAUGGCACAAUCAUAAAACAAAACAUGGCAACAAAGAAGAAAAUGAAAUGACCCCUGUUAAAAAGUCUGAAUACCCUUAGUUCUUAAUACUGUGUAUUGCCCCCUUCAGCAUCAAUGACAGCGUGCAGUCUUUUAUAAUAGUUGUCUAUGAGGCCCCUAAUUCUUGCAGGUGGUAUUUACUGUAUGGGAAGGGAAUUCUCCCUUCCCAUAAAGUAAAAAAUAAUUUGGGGUUUUCCUCUGCACUACCCCAACCCCUUUUGUUAGGGAAAUUACAUGAACAUACUGACAUUCGUCUUGGCAAAAUGCCUCCAGGUCAUGCACUACUUUGGUUAUCUUGCAUGAACCGCAUGUUUGAGAUUACCCCAAAGAGACUUGAUGAUAUUAAGGUCAGGAGACUGUGAUGGCCACUCUAAAACCUUCACCCUUUUCUUCUGUAACCACUGUAACUUGGCCUUGGUCAUUGUCAUGCUGGAAAGUGCAAAACUGUCCCAUGUGUAGCCUUCAUGUAGAAGAAUGCAAAUUGUCUGCCAGUAUUUUCUGAUAACAUGCUGCAUUCAUCUUGCCAUCAAUUUUCACAAGAUUCCCCAUGCCUUUAGAGCUCACACCCCCACCCUCAAAACAUCAGUGAGCCACCACCAUGCUUCACAGUGGGGAUGGUAUUCUUUUCACCAUAGGCUUUGUUGACCACUCUCCAAGCAUAGCACUUAUGGUUGUGCCAUAAGGAGUGUCAAGGUGUUGUUGGGCAUAUUGUAACUGAGCUUUUUUGUGGCAUUGGUGCAGUAAAGGCUUCCUUCUGGCGACUCGACCAUGCAGCUCAUUUUUAUUCAAGCAUGUUGUAUUGUGCUCCUUGAAACAACCACACCAUCCAUUUUCCAGAGUUGCCUGUGUUUCUCCUGAGGUUACUUGUGGGUUUUUCUUUGUAUCCUGAACAAUUUUUCUGGCAGUUGUGGCUGAAAUCUUUCUUGGUCUACCUGACUUUGUCUUGGUAUCAAGAGAUCCAUGGAUUUGGAUAUCUUUUUAUAUCCUUUUCCAUUUUUAUAAAGUUUCAUUGCCUUGUUACGCAGGUCUUUUGACAGUUCUUUUCUGCUCCCCAUGGCUCAAUAUCUAGCCACCUCAGAGCAUCCAUGUGAGAGCUAACAAACUCAUUGACUAUUUAUACACAGACACUAAUUGCAAUUUAAAAAACCACAGAAGUGGGAAAUUAACCUUUACUUGCCAUUUUAAUCUGUGUGUCUGUAACAAGGCCAAACAUUCAAGGGUAUGUAACGUUUUGAUCAGGGCCCAUUGGGUGAUUUCUGUUAUCAUUAUGAUUUAAAAAGGAGCCAAACAACUAUGUGAUAAUAAAAGGCUUCAUAUGAUCAUUAUCCUUCAAUAAAAUAUAUAUUUUUUUGCAUGAUCAGUCAUAUUUUCAAAAUCAAUGCCAAAAUUUCUAAAUUUCUGCAUUGUAGGCAAAUUGUGAGCACAGCUGUAUAUAUAACCAGCCAAUAGUUUGUUUUGGCCUCAGAUAUAUUUGUAUAAUGUACAUUUGUUAUCAUAUCCCCUCUGAGGUGCUGUUGUUCUCUACUAAACAGAAUUAAAUGUGUUAGCAUUUCUUCUUAACUAAAAUCUUCCAUUCCCAGAGAAGUACCUAAUGUUACCCAGGACGGAAAUGUAUUUUGGAAUCCUCCCUUCCCAUUAGUAAAAAAAGAAUUUGGGGUUUCCCCCUGCACUAACCCAACCCCUUUUAUUAGGGAAAUUAUUUGAACAUUAAUAUACAUACACAUUCAUAUUCACACAUACUUGUAUUCAUGUCACACAUGCAUUCAUAUACACACACAGACACACAUAUUGAUAUACAAACACACACGUUCAUAUACACUGCCAAACUCAUAUACACACACAUUCAUAUACACACACAGACUCAUAUAUACACUUAGAAUUACAUACAUACACACACACAAACAUAAACACACACAUUUGCUUAACUUUUCUUUUCAUGUUUUUACCUUGACAAGUAGUGCUGGAGUGGUACCCGAUCCCUGGUGUCCACUGGGUGCUGCUAAGAUCAGUCUCUAUACUGAUUGUCCAGUUCCCUUCUGCUGUGUUCUGUUUCCAGGGCUGGAAUGGCAUCAUAUCCUGGCUCCAGCAACUGUACAUUGUGAGCGAGGGAGCUGGGAAACCAGGGCAGAGUGAUCCCAGCAGCUGCCUUGGCGCCAGCACUGCAAGCACAGCUGCAGAGUAGAUACCUGCCAAGCAACGUGCCAGUCGGCAGGUAACUGCUUUGGUGGUAUUGAGGUGUUCUGUGCACCCUCCUGACAUCCAUCCUCCUCUUAAUAUGCCUUUGUCCAUUCCACUUAUUAAUUUUGCAGCCGGCCUCUGCACUUUUUUUGGAACAUGUGCCCAAAAUGGCACAGUGUAUUUAUAGUUUGGUUUUACUAUUAAUUUAUAAAGAAGCAAAAUUAUAUUUUUGGCUCAAGAAUAAAUGCCCCUUUUAGUGCAUGAUAACACCUUACUGGCCUUAGCAGCUUUCGAUGACAUUGAACUUUGUUGCCUGGUUUCUUGUCUAUAACUAUUCCCAAUCCUCCUCAUGUGUUGCUUUCCCUAACUCACUACUUUUUAAAACAAUUUUUUUUGGACACUUAAACUCUAUAGAUGUUCAAAGGGGAGAGGGAUACAGAAAACAUGGGUGUGUAAUAAGGGUAUCACCUCACAAUGGUACACUUAAAACAUGUCAAGUUCACAAGGAGCGCAGUCAGCAUUUGUCAUUAUAAGGUCAAACUCACAGAGAAUUUUCAUAUUAUAUAUUAAGGACAUAAUUCAGAAUUAUAUGUACCAAAACACCAUAAAUCAUAAUUCUCUCUCCUAUUCCUCCACCUCACCCAAAAGGCAAAACUUUUAAGCCACCGCCAGUAUUUACAACUGAUCUCCAUGCUCACUACAGUGACCAUGUCUUAGGAAAUGUUUUUGUUGGUGUAUAUAUGGCCUAUAGCUUUAUUGGGCUGUGUAGAGAUUUAUUUUUAGUAUUUCAAUGAAAACCCCAAUAGUAUAUAUGUUAAAGGCGUAAAAGGUAAUUAUAAGACUGGUCACCUCAGUAACUGUGUGAUGGCCUCCAAAAAAGGUUAAAUCCGAGAACAGUUCCACCAGAUAUGAAUCAUGGAACCUUCCUCUUGACCACAUCCCCAACACGUGGAAGAUGCCGUUGGAUACAAAGAAAAAGAUAAGAGAUGAUCUUACCACAAGGGAGAUCAAAUCUUAGAUCGUUACCACCCCAAAUAAAAUAAUAAUUCAUUAGACAGAACUAAUAAAAUCAAAAAUACUUUAUUGUAUAACACUAUGCCAUACAUACAAUAUAACAUAGAAGACAAAUAGUGAUUUAAUAGUGCAAAAUUAGUGAAUUAUGGUGUUUAAAAAAGGAACCAAAGAAUCUUAAAUUUUAAAUAUUUUGAUAUUUCAACUAUUAGACAAAGGGAAACCACAGUGUUAAAAUUGAAUUUCCAGGUCUAAGUAGAUUAGAUUAGAGUAUAUGUUAAAGUUGAUUAAGGAUAUUUAGAUACAUGUGAAAAAAAGUUGAGAAUAUUUGAUUUUAUAGGUAAGAGAGACAUUGUAUCAAAAUUGGAAAUUCACACGGAUGUUUCUGACAAUAACUAAUACAUCCCUUUAGAAUUCGAUUUGCAGUGAGUUUACAGCUUGUUUGGGGAUUUCCCAGUCACGAACAGAAACCUACCCAGGUUAUUUUAAGGGAUUUUUUUUAUAAAUAUAGAAAGGUACAUGUAACAUAGAAAUAGUUAAUAAUGAUUUCCAAGUAACUGUGUCAUUUUUGAGUCACCCAGUCAUUGAGAGGCUAGCGUACUGCCAGAGGGGCCACAAUUAUGGUACCCAAACGUCCACUUAUCUACAUCAGAUUUAGGAGACAUACUUUGAGUCUAUAUGAAUACCAUCAAGAAGAUAGCACUGUGUUUUGUACUAAAGAUUUGAAGUGAGUGGUGCCCAACAUAAGUGUGACGAAGUGCCCUUCGCCACUUGUUCUUGAAGAGGAGUAAUGGCUAACCUUUUGCCCUGUGAUUAUGGCCCCUGUGACUUAUUGGAUUUUAAAACACUUUUUCUGCCCUUUUAAACCCAUGGGAAAAUGUGCCUCUUCCCCUCCCCCUUUUUCCUGUCCAUUGUUCCCUAGCAGGGCGUUGUCCCAGGGACACUGCCAGACCGGUUGAGACUGGCUGCUUUGUCCCUCCUCAAUCUCUCAUCAGCCCUUGCUAUUGUUUGGCCCCAUGGCGAUCCAACUGUAUUCGUGAGAUCUGAGCACUUUUCUGACAUAUUGAACGCUCAGAUCCAAGCUAUCUGGAGAUAUGUUGGACAUAUAGGUUGAACAUUGUAUCAUGGGAGUUAAGUAUUUUUGUGUGGUUUUUGUGACAGUUUUUGUUACUGGAGAUAAUUGGCUUACCACAGCCACUUAAGCCAAUUAUCUCCAGGAUAGAGGAGAAGAUAGAUCGGCCGCACAGCCCAAAUCUGUGGAACUAUUUUGGACAUGAAAGCCAUGCUUGCGGUCGGUCAAAUGUGACUUCCACAAAACGUUUGAACCCCUGCUCUGAUCUUGGUGAUUUUUGGAUAUGUUAUUCACCCAGAUCAGGAUGUAAUUUGUGGGGUUAUGUGGCGUUUUGGGGUGUUUUCUGUGUUUUGUGAAAAAUGCGUGUUUUCUGCCUGUGGGUAAUUGAGUUAGUCCACUGUGUUUGUUAAUUAUAUCACAGGCAGAGGGGAGGGUUUGUGUACAUUAUCUGGGAGUGCCUAACUGUACAAGAGUGUUUUGAUUGGCUUUGUAACUUUGUGUCCUGUGUACCACAAGGUCCACAUGGGCGGUAAUCUUGUGGGAAAACCUGUAUAAAAGAGACAAUAAACCCUCAGUUCAUUCUGUUCCUGUUUGACCCUCAACAGGUAGUCUUGUCUCGUGAUUGGAGGGGAACUGCUAUAAUCACACUGGGGAUUGCUAUACUUUGUAUACUUCCCUGAGCUCUAAUCACUUAGCUCUUUUAAGAGCUGUUCCUGAUACACUCUCCUGGAGGAGAGGUCUUUUCCACACAGUCCUGGAGGACAGAGGCUGAUCCAGGGUGGAAAGAAGACGGCAAGACUCCAGUUAAGCUACAGCGGUUGUGGAGUCUGCGGUGGUUGUGGUGUCCAGUGCAGUGCUUAUGGUCCUCGGCGUCAGCUAGGAAGCGUCCGUCAAUGGAGGUGCCCAGUUGGGGUGCCAGGUGAUCCGUUACAAUAAGUGUCUAAUAAAUCCACUUACUAAGGGUAUCAUGAAAGAGUUAAAAACCCUUGUUUUCACUUACCUGACUCCAGCACCAAGGUGAACUCCUCCUGCUAUCUCUCCAAUAGAAGAAGCUAGUGUGCAUGCGCAGUGAAUACCAAGUGCGCAUUAGGCCUUCCCCCUUUCAAAGCAGUGACUCAAUGCAUUCUUAUUGGCAUUUUUUAGACACUGGACAUCCUCAUGCUGGAUGUAGUUUCACAGAGUUAAACCUUGUGAAGCAGCAGGAAGCACCUCUAGUGGUUAGUUAGCUAACACAGUGAUGUAAUUAUUGCAGUUUCUCAGAAACUUCAGUGUUUUACAUUACAGGGUUAAACCAGACAGGGGCACUGAACCCAGACCACUUCAAUGAGAUGAAGUGGUCUGGGUGCCAAUAGUGUCUAUAGACUACUUAAAGCAACUCCAAGUGGUUUCUGCAGAUAGAAUUACAUUGCGGACAUUUGCCUGCCUCUCCUUUUGACCCUGGUAUAAAUGAUCUGUUCACAGUCUUUAGUGCUUCAGCUGUGCACAUGCUUGCGUACGACAACAUAAUCUAAAAUGGCAAGCCAAAUAUCAAAUAAUUUAAAAGCAUUUUCAGAAGAUGAAAGGUCACCCACUAUAAAUACGGUUUCUAAUUUCUUAAAUAUUGACCAAACCAAAGGAACACCUUUACUUACUAACUGGACAUUACUAGUAAAUGGUGUACUGUGUCCAGUCAAGCCCAAUAAUAACAAGUUGUGCUGGAGCUUGUUAGCAGGCAAUGAGAUUGCACUCAAAGACAUUUCAUUUGGAGCAAUAUAAUGGCUUAAAUCCAUAAUUUUACUGUAAAAUAGUUUGGAGGCUUUUGUGCCAGAUGUCUGCCCCAUUUACAAUUAUAUAGACCUCAAUGCCAGCUGAAAUGCCUACAUUACUAAUUUUUCUGAGUAACGUAUUCUGUUAAUAGUGUAAGCACAGGCAGGGAACCAUAGAGUAAAUUACUUACUGGAACUAUCAAUCUUUCUUAUUUUACUGUAUAUCAGAAAAUCACUUUACUCCUGUAAAACCAAGCUCUGUCUAAUGUGCUAGUCUCAAAGGAUCAAGUCUGACAUCUAUAAGCAAUGUUAAUAUGCUGCAUUGUAACAGGACCUUCAUAAAGUCCUUUGUCCCAACAAUUCCUUUGCUGAAACUCGGGAACUCAUUAUAGAGGCAAAUGCUUCAUCAAGGUCAGUAAGAGGAAUGUCACCAAAUUAUCUGAUCUAAGUUGUCAAAAGGCAUUUUCCAGAUGGCUCCUGAUAAAACAGAUUUCCACAGGUGUAUCAUGAGCCCCCUGGUAUCAGUUAGAGCUGUCAGCAUUAUAUUUAGCUGUUGAAAUAGGAGUUUGCAGUUUGUCAGCAGGAUACAAGCCAUCUUUGAUAACCAUAAAUGAAUUUAGAAAGCUAUUCAUAUCUACUCCCGGAGACUUGAUACAAUCCCAGUGCAUUAAAUAUUGUGAUACAUAACUGAUACCUUCAAGGUUUCUGAAAGCAAACCAGUUUACAGUACUUUGCAAUUUCCAAUUAUUGUGAACAUUAUUUUCUAUAUAUCCAUAAGGAUGAUAACAAUUACAUUUAAAAUCUCUAUUGCAUAGUUACACGGGCUGAAAAACGACUUCCAUCCAUCAAGUUUGGCUUUUUUCAUAUUCGUUUCUGCAGUUAAUAAAAAAAAAAAAAAAAGGCAAACAACCCAGUCUAAAGCACUUUCCAAUUUUGCAACAAACAAGGAACAAAUUCCAUCUCGACCCCAAUAUGGUAGUCAGAUCUGCCAUUAGGGUGUGACAAUCAUGUCUUGGGCCUGGCAGUCUUGAGGAGCCCAGACUGCUCGGGGAGUACAUAAAGAUCAGGGUGGCUUGUAAGGGGCUCAGCCCCCAUACUGUGCAUAAGUAUUUCUAUAGAGCUGCGGGGAAAGGGAGAUCAAAGGUGUCCCUCCCCGUGCCACUACAUUCUUCCCUGCUUAGAGAGGACACUGCUCACAGUGUAUUACAGUGUAUUGCCUUUACUAUUUUUGUGUCAUCCUCAAACACUGGCAAAUGAGUUUCAAUUCUUUUAAACAACUUUUACAACUCUCUGUACUCUAUCUUUAAGCCAAUGUUCUCUCCAAGAACAAGAAUUUCAUCUAUACUUCGUUUCAUUUAAACCCUAACCUAUUUUGUGGAAUUGUAUCAAAUGGCUUUGGAAAAUCCAAGGAUAUUAUAUCCACUGCAACACCAUGAUCAAUCUAUCUAUAUUAAACUGAUCUUCUUUCUUUGUAGUAUGCAAUUCAGUUAUUUUCUGUAAUUUGUUUGAAGAUAUUCCAUAUAUUCCUUCUUUUUUUUCCAUCAAUAAAGAUUUUAUGCCAGUUGAAUAAAAUAAAAACUUGAAUAUUGACAAUCAGAAAAUCAGCAUGGUUUGUUAUAAUCAGAACCAGACAAGAAUCCCUUUCUAGUGGGUGCUUCUAUCAAUUGUUACAUGUAGGUGUCAUUUAACAGGUUCAAAAGUUUUUGAUUUCUCUUGGUGAUGUACUAGUCCCUCUAUCCCAAUUUAUGUCUUGGUAAUUGAAGUGUUACGCAGAUGUGCAACUUUUCUAAUUUGUUUCCUAAAACAAAGCAGGAAAGCUGCACAUUUAUUAAUCCUCAUCAGUGUCAAUAUUAGGUGGUUUAUAACAUAUGCCAACUAAUAAUUGAUUUCCCCUCUUUUGCCCCAAGCAGACACAUAAAGCAUCCACAAUUUCCCAAUUUUUCUUGUCCCAUAUUACUUGCAUAAUAUGUGGCUUCCACUCAUGGUUGACAUAUAAACAUACCCGUCCACCCAGAGGCAUAACAAGAAAUCACUGAGCCCCAGUGCGAAAACUGCCCUUGGGCCCCCCCAUAUGUCUCAUCCCUCCCACUCCAUUCACACGAUUAAUUCCCUCCCCCAUAACCCUUCCAUGCAUCUCAUUCUUCCCUAGCCCCUCAAUGAAUCUCAUUCCCCCCCAGCCCAUUCAUGCAUCUCAUUCCCUUCCCCAUAGCCCCUCCAUGCGUCUCUUUCCUCCCUAGCAACCGCAUGUGUCUCAUACCUUCCAGCCCCUCCACUUGACUCAUUCCCUCCCCCAUAACCCCUCAUUUCUCCCCCAACCCUUCUGUGGCUCUCAAUCCACCCAGCCCCUCCAUGCAUCUAAUUAUUCCCUAGCCCCUCCGUGAAUCUCAUUCCCUUCCCCCAUAGCCGCUCCAUGCAUCUCAUUCCUCCCUAGCCCCUCCAUGCAUCUAAUUUCUCUCCCAGACCCCCCAUGUGUGUUAUUCCCAAGCCCCUCCUCCCCCCCCCCGUGACUGUGAUAUGGCCCAGAAGGUAUGCAGGCCACCCACAGUCCCAGAGGUCAUGGCUGCGGCCGGAUCCUCUGGAGUGAUUGGCCUUGUCGACCCCUGCAGCCAUGGUAGGUCCCAAAACUUCCACCUUUCCUAUUUUUUUUUCUAUUCUUUCUAAAUGACAUGUGACCAUUUAAGUUAACUGCUCUGUAGUGUUUCAUAUCUCAAUUAUGCCUAUUAUGACAUGUUGUUUAGUGUAUACUGUUGCCUGUAGUUCCCCUUUUUUGUUAUUUAGGCUUCUUAUAUUAGCAUGCAUACAUUUAAUAUUGUCUUGAGCCACUUGUACUGUAUGUAAAUUUGUAUUGCAUAAUUCUUCUGUUCUGAUCUCCACUCCCUUGCCCUAGCUAAAUCCCAUUGUCUUUCUGUUCUAUCCUAACUUUGUAGACUUCAAUGUUCCUCUCUCUUAGCACUAGUUAACAAACUCCUCCCAUCUUCUGGCACACUGUCCCCGGCAGAGCUGGGGAGAGAAAUAGAGAGCUAGAGAGAGACUGCAAUAGUAAGGAAUACCUAUACAUGCGUCAUUAAUGCUGCAGUAAUUUCCAGGACUAUGGCCUUAUCCUCUAUUUUUAACCCCUUAUUGACCGCACCGUUUUUACAUUUUCCUACUAUUAAGGACCAGGGCUGUUUUUACAUUUCUACAGUGUUUGUGUUUAGCUGUAUUUUCCUCUUACUCAUUGACUGUACCCAAACAUUGCUGUUUCAAAAUAUAUAUUUUUUUAAAUGUAUCAAUAGUGACAUUGUAACACUGUUAUCUGUCAUAAAUCUCUGAAUCACACCUCACGUGUACAUAUAUUUUUUUAAAGGGACACUAUAGUCACCUAGACAACUUCAGCUCAAUGAAGUGAUCUGGGUGCCAGGUCCCUCAGGUUUUAACCCUUCAGAUGCAAACAUAGCAGUUUCAGAGAAACUGCUAUGUUUGCAUUUGGGGUUAAGCCAGCCUCUAGUGGCUGUCUUCCGGACAGCUACUAGAGGCGCAUCUGCGACGCUGGAGGCAUAUUAUGCCUCCAUCUCGCAGAGCGUCCAUAGGAAAGCAUGCUUUCCUAUGGACACUUUGAAUGCGCGCGCGGGACUUGCCGCGCAUGCGCAUUCGGCUCCACUGACGUUGAACGGGGGAGCAGACGUCGGCAGGGGAGGAGAGGAAUAAGGAAUAAGGUAAGCUGCUGAAGGGGUUUUAACCCUCAGGGCACUAUAGUGUCAGGAAAACCGCUUUGUUUUCCUGACACUAUAGUGAUCCUUUAAAGUAGACAACCCAGGAUAUUCAAUAUGUGGUAUGUCCAGUCUUUUUAAGUAACCACUUAGUCACAAACAUUGGCCAAAGUUAGCAUUUAUAUUAGCAUUUAUAUUUGUUUGUGUGUUAAAAAUGCAAAAAAAAAAAUGAACGCUAACUAUGGCCAGUGUUUGUGACUAAAUGGCUAUCAAAAAAUAAUGAACACACCCCAUUUGCAAUACCUUGGGUUUUCUUCUUUUGCAAAUGGUAUGCCAUCAUCGGGGUAAUUCUCAUUCCUGGGCUACCAUGCACUCUCAAAGGCAACAUAACCAAUCUGGCAAAUUUCAAUGUGAAAAAACGGAAAAUCAAGCCAUAUAUUUUACCCCGUAACUUUCAAAAAUACUAUAAAACCUGUACAUGGGGGGUUACUGUUAUACUCUGGAAACUUCGCUGAACACAAAUAUUAGUGUUUCAAAACAGUAAAACGUAUCAUAACAAUGAUAUCAUCAGUGAAAGUGCUGUAUGUGUGUUUGAAGAAUUCAAAAUUCCACUUUCACUGACAAUAUCAUCGCUGUGAUAUGUUUUACUGUUUUGAAACACUAAUAUUUGUGUUUAGCAAAGUAUCUCGAGUAAAACAGUACCCACCAUGUGCAGGUUUUAGGGUGUAAUAGAAAGUUACAGGGUUAAAUAUAGUGCUAGCAAAUUAAAUUAUCUGGACUUUCGGCCUGGGUUGUCAGACAGGUCCCUCAAAUUGCAAUCAAUAAAAUUAUUUAAUUAUAUAAAAAUAUUACAUAAAUGUGCACGUAGAAUUUAAAUCUAGAUACAUAUUUAUAUAUUUGAAGUCUAAGUGUAUAUUUAUGAAAUUAUCUAUGUAAUUAUGUAUAUGGAUAUACACCCUGUUCCAAAUUAUUAUGCAAAUUGUAUUUAAGUGUCACAAAGAUAAAAUAUUUUGUUUUUCAGUUUAACUCAUGGAUGGCAUUGUGUCUCAGGGCUCUUUUGAUCACUAAAAACAAUCCCAGACACCUGUGAUAAUUAGAUUGCCAGGUGAGCCCAAUUUAAGGAAAAACUACUAAAGGAGGGUGUUCCACAUUAUUAAGCAGAGCACCAUUUUCAUGCAAUAUGGGGAAGAAAAAAGAUCUCUCUGCUGCCGAAAAGAGUGAAAUAGUUCAAUGCCUUGGAUGAGGUAUGAAAACAUUACAUAUUUCACAAAAACUUAAGCGUGAUCAUCGCACUAUUAAGAGAUUUGUGGCUGAUUCAGAGCACAGAUGGGUCCGUGCAGAUAAAGGCACAUUGAGGAAGAUUUCUGCCAGAUGCAUGCAUCGGAUCAAGAGAGCAGCUGCUAAAAUUACAUAGCAGCAAACAGAUAUUUGAAGCUGCUGGUUCCUCUGGAGUCCCACGGACAUUAAGGUGUAGAGUCCUCCAGAGUCUUGCAACUGUGCAUAAACCUUCUAUUCGGCCACCACUAACCAAUGCUCACAAGCAGAAACGGCUGCAUUGGGCAGAAAAAUACAUGAAGACUAAGUUUCAAACAGUCCUGUUCACUGAUGAGUGCCGUGCAACCCGGGAUGGUCCAGAUGGAUGGAGUAGUGGAUGGUUGGUGGACGGCCACCCUGUUCCAACAAGGCUGCGACGUCAGCAAGUCGGUGGUGGAGUCAUGUUUCGGGCCGGAAUCAUGGGAAGAGAGCUGGUCGGCCCCUUUAGGGUCCCCGAAGGUGUAAAGAUGACCUCUGCAAAGUAUGUGGAGUUUCUGACUGACCACUUUCUUCCCUGGUACAGAAGGAAGAACUAUGCUUUCCGUAAUAAAAUCAUCUUCAUGCAUGACAAUGCACCCUCUCAUGCUGCAAAGAAUACCUCUGCAUCAAUGGCUGCUAUGGGGAUAAAAGGAGAGAAAGUCAUGGUGUGACCUCCAUCCUCACCUGACCUCAAUACUAUUGAGAACCUUUGGAGCAUCCUCAAGCAAAAGAUCUAUGAGGGUGGUAGGCAGUUUACAUCCAAACAGCAGCUCUGGGUGGCUAUUCUGACAUCUUGCAAACAAAUUUAAGCAGAAACUGUCCAAAAACAGUUCAAUGGAUGCAAGACUUGUGAAGCUGCUAUCAAAUAAGGGGUCCUAUGUUAAAAUGUAACGUGACCUGUUAAAAUGUUUAAAAAGUUAAAAUGUUGUUAUAAGUUUGAUUGAAAUAGUUUUUGAUUUCAGUAAAUAUGCUGAAAACACAACAAAUGACAAUUUUCAGUUCUUUACAACCUAUAAAGUGUUUUGAAACUUACUGUGUGUAAUAAUUUGGAACAGUGCAUUGUAAGUUUUUUAUGUUUAAAAAAAAUACUGUUAUCAUUAGGAGGUUUGUUCAAUAAAAUUUGAAUUGUACUCUUAAUAGAUGAUAACAUGAGAAUUAUGCUGACUGUUAUUUACAGAAAUUAUUUAGGUAAAUUAGAGAAAUAUCAUUUGCAUAAUAAUUUGGAACAGGGUGUAUAUAUAUAUAUAUAUUUCGUAUUAUUUUUAUUUAUUUAAUAUAAAUAUAUAUUUAUAUAUCAUUUCAUUUUAAGUGUAUUUUGAUAUAUAUAUAUAUUUAUUUAUAUAAAAAUACAGUUAGAAUAAAGUUACAUAUAUAUAUAUAUAUAUAUAGUUUUUACAUAUAUACGUGUGUAAUUUAAUUCUAAGUGUAUUUUUAUAUUAAUAUAUGUAUAUGUCAAUAUAAAAAUACACUUAGUAUGACAUUAUAUAUUUUUAUAUAUAUAUAUAUUAUUUAGAUAUAAUAUAUGUAUAUAUAUAUUUUUAUUUUUAUGUAUAUAUAUUUACUAACAUUUUACCAUUUUACAUAUGCAGGGGGACUGCCUGUCAGUUCAGGCAGCCCCCCUGGAGGCAGCACUAUGGACGCCUAUUGCGGCCAUGUUACCGCUCUUUCAGAGCGAUCACAUGGCCCAUGGUGGCCUAAUUUGCUAAUGGGCAAAAAAGGAGGAAAACCGUAUCAUAACAAUAACAAGUAUAAGUAAGAAGGACUGCGAGGACGUACUAGGUAUAUCCGCAGUUGUUAACAACCAUUUUGUCGGACGUACCUAGUACGUCCUCGGUCCUUAAAGGGUUAAAUCUAGAUCUAUGGUGGGCUAUAAUAGGAAUCCAACCCUGAGGAGUAUGCUGUUCACACAGACAAAUGGAUAAAUGGUUCUUCCUUUUUUUUGGCUUAUAUCCUUCUCCUAUGUGUAGGGGUUACCCCAAUCCUGACAGUAGAGCACGAAUUUCAUGAACUGACAUGUGGCAUCCUCUAACUAUGCAAUGUGUAAAUAACUGAGCUCUUCAGGACCACCAAUUGUAUUGCCAAUGUUUGUCUGUGGAGAUGUAUGUCCUGAAUUUUGUGCAAUUGUUUGCAAUGUGUGAUACUGAAACUCCUGAACUCAAUAAUUAUUAAGAUUGGCCCUAUAAUGUAUAUUAUGUAAAACAGCCUGACAAGUUGCAAGUGUGCAUUUGUUGGUAUAUUUCCUGAAUUAUAACGCAAGACAUCUGAGUUAGUAUGAUGAAGCCUAUUCCCACAAUACUGUGGAGGUCAACACUAUUUUGUCCUUUUGUUCUCUCAUAUAGAGUAUAACUUCUGCUUUGAAGCAUGCCUGUGAAAUUCUUACACAAGAUCCAGAAGGUGGUGCUGCUCGCAUUCCUUUUACGACAUUCACUUUCCUGUACAAGUAUUUGGCUAAAAUUGAUGGGGACAUUUCAGACACAGUAGUAGAGAAUGCACUUUGUGCUCUGCAGACAGAAGCGUAAGUACAAUGUGUAACGUGUAAGAGAAUAAGUGUGACAUUUAGUAUUCUAUACAGGUUUAAUAGGGGAUUCUUGAGAAUAUUUUCACUGCCUCUCUAUAUUUCUCAAUAUUGUUAUAUGAGGGUUAUAAUGGAUUAUGGAACUAACCAUGCUAUGCAAAUCAUAUGAACCUACUUCCAUUUACAAACUGUAUAUUAUAUAAAGUGUAUAUCUUACCACUAGAAGACAUCUUAUACAUAAAUAUAUUAGGAUCAGACUAAUUAACCAACAGGAACCUUUGACUUAUGCCAGUUUUACAAAUAUCCUGAUGUAUAAUAUUAAUAUUUCCCAAAUUUAGGGUUUAAUGAUCUUGUCAUAAUCUGGGUUAUUCACUGAAGUGAGAAUUUUUGGAAAUUCAAGCAGGGUUAUUUACUGAACUGACAAUUCAAAAAAAUAUUUAAUUUUAAUCCUCACUUAGUGAAUAACAUGAAAGUGAAUAUCAAAUUAAAGAUCAAUGUAGUCAAACUACAAUUUUUUGGCGUAAAAUUUUAAAUUUACUUUGAAUUCCUUAAAAUUCUCAGUUUAGUGAAUGCAAGUGAUACCAACAAGCUGCAAAUCGUUAAAAUGGGUAUUGUUAACAUUAACAAGUAGCAGCUCUAUCCAUACUACAAAAUCAUACCAAUUGUCUAUCUCAAAAUAUAUCAACAAAUAAUUAAUAAAGAAAGCAAAGACCAGAGACAUGAAUUGCAAAAUAUGUUUAUUUAAGUAAGGUGUAUGUAUCAUUAAAAUAAACAAUCUGUGUAACAGGAAUUAAAAGAACACUCCAAACCAAAGCACUUCUCAUUGGGACAUAACAAAUUGUGGAAGCACUUAUCAUUACAUUGUACAAAAACACAUGACAAAAUCAAAAACACAUGACGGUGCAAAGUAGAAAUACUUUUUAUCAUUGGCUUGUACUUAGACAAAAAGUAUAUAUAUAAUGAGAGAUAUUUUCUAAUGAAUUUCUGCAACUAAUCUUCGUUAAACUAAACCGCAAAAACCAUUCACUCAAGUAACUUAUUUAAAGCUUUCAAGUGUUCAUAACUCAGAUUUGACAUUCAGUGGCACCCAUCUUCUUAAGGUUAGAGAAGGGUUAAGAUCAGAGUUGGAUUAUAUAGCAUGUUUUGUGUUAGAAGGAUUAAAAGCUUGAGGGGAUAUAUUGGUUAUAAGAAGUGUUAAGAAUUAUUGUUUGUAUUUGGUACAUUGUUUUAUUUUUUACAGUAUUUAAAUCUAGGAUUGAGGUAAAUGGCUUUGUUUAAUGUUUUGGCUUUCAGUGCUUAAAAACUCUAUGGUAAUUGUUUGUUUAAGUUUUGGGAGGGGUUCAAUUUAGGUUUAGAGAACAUAGAUUGUUUAGGGUACAGGCAUAUGGAGUUUGAAGGAUUAUUUGCAAAUUACUCACCCUCCUAUAAUUGAUAAUAUAGCAUCGGGAGUUGUUAUAUAGUAUGACUCACUCUGUUUUGUCCUAUUAUACACUAAAACCGCCUUCCUACUAUUGGGUAUGUCCCCCUCGUGCUGCCAAAACAGCUCUGAAGUAUCAAGGCAUGGACUCCACAAGACCUCUCUGAAUGUGUCCUGUGGUUUAAGGCAAGAAGACAAUAGCUGCAAAUCCUUUAAGUCCUGCAAGUUGCGAGGUGGGGCCUCCAUUGCUCGGAUUUGUUGUUCCAGCACAUCCCACAGAUGCUCAAUCAGAUUCAGACCUGGGGAAUUUAGAGGCCAAGGCAACACCUUGAACUCUUUGUCAUGGGAACACCGUUAUCGUGAAAGAGUGUAUGUGGUAUUCAAAAAUCUCCAGGUAGGUGGUACUUGUCAAAGUAACAUCCACAUGACUGCCAGGACCCAAGGUUUCCCAGCAGACUCAAGAUUCCCCACAUAAAUGACACAUACACCACCGGCCAUCCAACUAAUCUAAAAGAAAACGUGGUUCACCAGACCAGGCAAACUUCUUCCUUUGCUCCAUGGUCCAGUUCUGACACUCACGUCCACAUUUAAGGUGCUUUUUCUUUUUCUGCAUUUUGGAGAUGAAUCUCUGUUUAGAUUUAUAUUUUUCAACUCUCUAGUUCAGGGAUUCCCUACCUGUUGUAUGCAUACCCCCAGGCGAGCAAUCCAGUGCCCUAGGGAUUAUGUGAACCCCUCCCCUCAAAAAAAAAUGCUAUUGGCAGCAUUGCAGCUUCACUGCUCGGGCUGUGAACCACAGGCUGAGGGUCCAUCGGAUAGCCCAUGCACUUAGGGCCACUCGAUAGACAUGUGACAUUUAUCGGCAUGUGUGUAUCAGUGUGUCUGUGCAACUGUAUGUGUGUCAGUGUUUGGAUCUGUGUAACUGUAUGUGUGUCAGUGUUUGAAUCUGUGUGUCUAUGUAUCUGUGUGUGUGUGUUAAUGUGUUUAUGUCUGUGUAUCUGCAUGUGUGUCAGUGUGUGUAUCUGUAUCUCUGUAUCUGUGUGAGUGUGUCAUUGUUUGGAUCUGUGAGUCUGUGUAUAUCAGUGUGCCUGUACAUCUGCAUGUGUAUUAAUGCUUUUUUUGUGUCAGUGUUUGUAUCUGUGUCUUUGUGCAAUUUUGUGUGUUGGUAUCUGUAUUUAUGUCAGUGUUUAUAUCUGUGUGUCUGUGCAUCCGCAUUUGUGUCAAUGUCUGAAAUCUGUGUCAGUUUUUGUAUCAGUGUAUCUGAAUGUGUGUCAGUGUGUGUGUAUCUGUUUGUUUGUAUAUCUGCAUGGUUGUCAGUGUGUGCCUGUGUAUCUGCAUUUGUGUCAGUGUGCCUGGGGCAGAGGAGGUUCAGGGGAGCCUGGGUCAGAGGAGAAGCUGGGGGAGCAUGGGGCAGAGGAGAAACAGAGAAAAGUGGAGAUGAGGCAGAGAAAAGCGUACACAAUUUAUGGAAAUUGGCUUUCAAGGGGUACUCAUGCAAAAAAAGAUUGGAAAGCACUGCUCUAGUUAAUUCACCAUAGUUUAAUGUUUAGUAAACAAAGACCUUGGUUUGUCAUGUGAUUUAAUGUCAUGUCAUGUGAUGACUGGCUUCCCCAGUUGGACACAUGCUCAUGACUCACAACAUCUGCUUCAGAGCCAGCAGAGCAAUUCCAUGCCUGCCAGUAAUUUUCUGGAAAUUAUGGGGUUUCCCCAGAAGGGAGAGCACCAGCACAUGAGCUAGGAUUGUUUUGCAGCUGAUAUACUACAAGGAGACUGAGGCUGUCUGUUUCUGGAGCACACUGAGAAAACACACUCCUUUGCAGCUUAUGUAGUGCAGUUAUAUUAUAAGCAGUUUGAAAACAUUAUCAAAGACUGGUCCGUUUUGUCAUACCCUGGUGUUUAAACAUUUUAGAAUAUGUGUGUAUCUAAGUAUAAACAGGAUAUUUCAGUGUAAGAUUAGAGGAUGAGUCUCAAUUAUCAUGCAUUAAAUGUGUUGUCAAUUUGCUAAUACAGCAUCUGUUAAUUUGUUAAUAAUCCUAUUUCAAAAGUAGUAGGUGCUGUUAGUGUGUACAGGGAGUUACAGGUACUGUUUAUUUGAUAGACUUGGGCAUUCAUUUUCGGAAGAAUUGCAAUUCAAAUGCAAAUAUGCUAAUUUUUCCAUUUGUUCGACGGGUUUCAAAUUCUUGCAUGCGCAAGUUGUUAAUUAUAAAAUUGGUCAAUCCCACAUAAGGUAACCAAAAUAGGGAGCUAUCUACCAAAUAGCUCCCUAAUGUGACAUUCUUAAAUAUUGGAAUCCUAUGUCACAGUACCAAAUUACGGUGUUUUACGUCAAUUUGAUCUUUCAGCUGCUUAGUAGAUAGCUCCGUAACUUGGUAUUCUUUUGUGAGAUUGUUGUAUCUGCUAAACAGCUCUCUAAUUUGGCACUCUUAAAUAUGGCAAUCCCACAUAAGGGUACCAUUUUUAGUUGGGGAGUUAUUUACUAAAGAGCUGAGUGAUCAAUAUUCGGAAAAACCCUUUUCUUAAAUUUGGUCUUUCUGCUGUCAUGUAGAUGGCUACCUAGUUUUGUACCUUUUAAAUAUGGCAAUCCCACACAGGGUUACCAAAUUAAGUAGCUAUCUGCUAAACAGCUGAAUGGUCGAAAUCAGCUUUUGUUAAUUUUAAACUUUCUGCAGCUUAGAAGAUAGAUUCCUAAUUUGUUAUCCUUAUGUGGAUUGCCAUAUUCAAAGAUACAAAAAUAGGAUGCUAUCUACCAAACACAACUUCCUCCCUAAUUUGGUACACUUAGAGGAACACUAUAGCAUUAGGAACACAAAUAUGUAAUUCUAACACUAUAGUGCUGUAGUCAUCAUUUAAGUGACCGGUCCCCACUGACAGCCUACAGCUACGCUUAGGUAAAAUGUAAUUUAGAAAAAGAACAGUGUAUCUUAUUUACACAGACUGAUUUCUAAACACAUUUAAAAACAAAUGUAAAACAUUCAAUCAAUUCAAUUUAAAAGCAAAUUACUUUAAAGGACCACUAUAGGCACCCAGACCACUUCAGCUUAAUGAAGUGGUCUGGGUGCCAGGUCCAUCUAGGAUUAACCUUGCCUGCUGUAAACAUAGCAGUUUCAGAGAAACUACUAUGUUUAUAAUAGGGUUAAUCCAGCCUCUAGUGGCUAUCUCAUUGACAGCCGCUAGAGGCGCUUCCGCGCUUGUCACUGUGCCGCGCAUGCACAUUCAGCCGAGGGGGAGGAGAAGAGUCCCCCGCUCGGCGCUGGAGAAAGAGGUAAGUUUAACCCCUUGCACCCCCUAGAGCCCUGAGGGUGGGGGCACCCUCAGGGCACUAUAGUGCCAGGAAAACUAGUAUAUUUUCUUGGCACUAUAGUGGUCCUUUAAGUAUUAUUGGUGUGGAGCUCUGUUAUGCACUCAGACUCACUAACAUUACGGACCUACUUGAAAGAAGGACAUUAGGAUAGAAAAGAGGGACAGUGGAAUUCGGUUGUAAAAUAGGGACUGUAGAUCCUAAAAAGCGACAGUUGCAAUGUAUGCUUUAAAUAUGGCAAUCACACAUAAGGGAAGCAAAUUAAAGGGAUAGUCUACUGCCCAAAUGGGAAAACCGUAUAAAUCACUGUUUCUUAGAUAUACCUCCAAUUAAUACAUUCAUGAUUUUUUCAUACAUGUAUUCAUUGGGAGUAGAUCUUGCAAUAAUGUUCUUAUGACUGCAGCCUUUGCAACCCCUCCCUUUUUCCCCUGAAAGAUACUUUCAGUCUUUUCAUAGGGAAUUAAUCAGAGGCUGCUCACUGAUAUGAAGCCUGUAUGGCAUGAGGCUGGCGCUUAACUAGAGCAUGUCUGCCACUUCUGUUAGUUUUACUGAUGCUGCAGCAAAUCUCUCUAGCUGUUUGAUUGACAGUUUGGGGGUGUUCCAUAAUUUGGUUAUAAAUGUUUCAAUUUUUCAUAGAAAUUGGCACUUUUAUAAACUGGGGUUAAAAUAGGAUACAAAACACUAGAAAGAACAGGACGCCACAGUCACUAAAUGAGUAUAUUAAAAUAAGGGUUUGAAACGGAAUAUUGAUGGUGAAGCAAAAACAGCAAAAGUUUAUUAAUGAAGAAAUAUAUAAAAAGAAUCACAGCACAACAUAUGUGCAAUACAUCAAGAAUAUAAAAGCCACAAUAGGCAAGGAACCCUUAUGUAGAGCAGUUUAACAUAACAUGAUACUGAACUGGGCAGUAAAGUGCAAGUGCUAAAGUGCAAGAUGCCUAUAAGGAAAUAGCACUUAUACAUGUAUAGUACAAUCAGCCCAAAGUAAAUGCUGCAUGAGCAGUAUGUAAAAUCAGCACACAUGUAAAAUAAAAACAGCUAAUACCAAAGUGCAGGGUCCCAGGUCGUGCUCAACGCGUUUCGUCGUGUGACUUCCUCAGGAGCUUCUUCUCUCUUCUUGGUCCUCUCCCUUUUUAAAUCUGCCGGUCCGUCCAACAGCUUCCGACCCGCGCAUGCGCGACCACACUGGAACGCAGGAUAACUUUAUUGAUCUUCUACACAGCCGCAAUAUGAACGCUCUACAAACCAGAGCGUUCGAGUCAAUACGGACCGUGUGUACCAGCCUGCCUAGCCCCCAGCUGACCCCUAACAUAAAAAUGCUACUAGCUCAAACAUAAUAUAAAUAGGACUGGUGGGGGAAAAAAAGAAAGUAAAAAGUGAGGAAGAUAAAAAUGGAAUAAAAAUAGAGCAAAUUAUAAAAAUUAUAACAAGAGUGUAAUUAAAAAUGAAUGAUUAAAAAUGAGUAGAAAAAAAUUCAAAAUGAGUAGAGAAAAUGUUUUAAUCAAAUGCACAUGGGUGCUAUAAAUAUAUGAACGUGUAUAAAUUAAUAAAUGUGUAUAUAUAAAAUGUGUUGGAUGAGCAUAAGUCCAUUUAGAUUUUUCUAAUAGGCACCAUAAAUAUAGAUAUAGUACAUAUGUUCAUGGUCAUUAAUAGAUAGUGGUAAUCAAGCUAUAUGUCCAUAGACCACUGAUAUAUAUAUCCAGGGGCGUACCUAGAGCAUUUGGCACCCGAGGCGGAUCCUGUGCUUGGCACCUCUUGCCCCCCAAAAGCCCCGCCCUCAGCGCCAGUGUGGCUGUGGCUCCGCCUCCGAUUUUGCUUAGCUCCGCCCCACUUUUCUUCCGUUCGGCCAGUUUAUCAGCUGUUUGCUUGUAUGAGCUGUACUGGCCGCACGGCACCCUAAUAGCCAGGGCCGGUGCAAGGAUUUUUGCCGCCCUAGGCAAAAGUAAAGUUUGCCGCCCCCCCCAUGUGACAUCACAAUGCCCCACCCAGAUGAUAUGCCAUGUUAUCUAACGCCAGUGCUGCAGUGCCGCAGUGUUUACAUUAAAAGGCCUGCAGGGACAGGCUAUAGACACCAGAACCACUACAUUAAGCUGCAGUAGUUCUGGGGACUAUAGUGUUUCUUUAAUGUGAGGUAAAUUAGAGAUUAGUGCCACGAAUAAUAUACUAGAUUGCCUACUUACAACCAGAUGAGGAUGAUGAUGGGCUCUAGCUGCAGUCUGGUUCCACUGGUCUGGUGUAGAACAGGCUCUCUGGAGGCAGUUUGUAACUGUGGUCACAAAAAUCUAUGUUCUGGGAGAACGGGAAGCAGCUCCAUUUUUUGGGUGCCCUUUACACAGCUCAAGGUCUGGGUCCCAGGGUCCACCUUCAUGUUCCACCAAUGAGUUUGUUCACAGGGGGUGGAGUGUGUAGGGGAUGUCCUGAUAUGUGUGUAAGGAAUGCAUUGUGUGAAAUUGUGUUUGUAUGUGUAAGGGCUGCAAGGUGUGUUUCUGUGUAUGUAUGGGAUGCAUUGAAUGUGUGUAAGGGGUGCAUUGAGUGUGUGUAAUGAAUGCAUUGUGUGUUUCUGUGUGUGUAAGGGAUGCAUUGUGUGUAACGGUUGCAUUGCUUGUGUAUGUGUGUCUGUGUGUGUAAUGCAGUGUGUGUAAUGCAUUGUGUGUUUUUCUGUGUGCAAGGGGUGCAGUGUGUGUGAUGAAUGUCAAUCUCUCCCCCCCUCCAAUUUCCUUCUCCCUCCCUCCAAUUUCCUUCUCUCCCCCCCUCCAAUUUCCUUCUCCCCCCCCUCCUCCAAUUUCCUUCUCCCCCUCCAAUCCCCCUCCAAUUUCUUCUAUCCCCCUCUCCACCUCCUUCCCCCAUAUCUUCCUCCUAUCACCCCCAUCUCUUCUUAUCACCCCCAUCUCUCUUAUCACCCCCAUCUCUCCUUAUCACCCCAUCUCUCCUUAUCACCCCCAUCUCCCUCAUCAUCCCCCCCAUCUCUCUCAUCAUCCCCCAUCUCUCCUCAUCCCCCUAUCCUUAUCACCCCAUAUCUCCUUAUCAUCCCCCAAUCUCUCCUUAUCACCCCCCAAUCUCUCCUUAUUCUCCCCCCCUCCCCCUACCAUUGUUGUAGCGUGGCCGAGCCCUCUAUUGGCCCGCGGGUACAGGGAGCAUCUGUCUCCUUUACCCGGCCGGACUAACAGGAAGUGCACACGCCACGCCACAGGGAGGGGCGCUCCCUCCUGUCAGCCCCUCUCCUCAGGCUGCGCCCGGGCGGGCAAAGCUGCAGCCGCCUGAGGUUCUCUGCAGAGCGCUCGGGCGGCUGCAGCAUGAGGGGGGCCGGCGCUCCUAGCAGCGUCCCCUCCCAAGGCACCCCCCACCCUGCUGGCACCCGGGGCGGACCACCCCCUCCGCCCCCCCUUAGUACGCCACUGUAUACGCCACUGUAUAUAUCGACAGUGGAAGCAUGCAUAUCAUAACCAUAAAUAUCGACAAUAAAGGCAUACAUAUCACAAAGAACAGAUAUUGUACAUAUAUAUGGUAACAACAAAAACAAGUAUAUAAGUGUCAGGAACCAUAAUAUAGUCUUUAUACAUAAAAAUUGAGGGCAUGUAAACAAGGUGUAUAUAAAAAAAUAUAUAUUAACACCAUGCAUAAAAAACUUCUAUUAAAACAUACAUUGACAUAUAUAUGUAUAUACAAUAAGAAGGAGGAAAAAAACUGUCAAAAUGAUGAAAAGCAAUCAAAAAUAUAUAUAUAAAAACAGUAAAAAACUAACAAAUAAUCAUAAAACUUAAGUAAAAAAUAAAAAAUAAUAAUAAAUACUUUAAAAAAAAGGAACAAGUACAAGAGAGAAAAGGGUUAGUACAGAAUGUACAAUAAUGUAAUCAAUCCAUAAAAGCCAAUAUAUCUAAAUCUGUGUUAAGUCCUGAGGGGACAGAGGAUUUCAUUCUAUAUAUCCACUCUGUCUCCCUCAUGGCUCAUAUUUUUUCGGUGUCUCUGCCCCUCCGAUGUGUUAAAAUCAUAUCAAUCCCAUUGCAAAUAAAAUCUUUGAAAUCGAAUUCUUUACAGGUAUUGCAAUGUUUAGGUACACUGUGUUUCCCAUUUUUAUUCUUAAUUCCAUUAAAAUGUUCUAAUAAUCUUAUGUGUAGUUUCCUAUAUAUUGGACACCACACUUACACUGUAACAUGUAUACCACAAAUUUCCUUUGGCAAUUAAUAAAGUGCUUUAUCUUAAAGGUUUCUUUGGUCACAGUACUAGAAAAUUCCGUAAUCUUUUUUUUCUGGAAUUUACAUGUACUUUAUUAAUUGCCAAAGCAAGUUUGUGGUAUACAUGUUACAGUGUAAGUGUGGUGUCCAAUAUAUAGGAUGCACCAUUAGGAAACUACACAUAAGAUUAUUAGAACAUUUUCACCAUCAAUAUUCCUUUCAAACCCUUAUUUUAAUAUACUCAUAUAGUGACUGUGGCGCCCUGUUCUUUCUAGUGUUUUGUUUUUGGCAAUUGGAGUUGGAGUGUCCUUUAUCCAGAGGCUUGCCUGCACUUGGUUUUUAUUACUGUCCACCCACCCACCUUUCCAUUUCUUUGUUUAAAAUAGGAUACUCCUCAACCAUAAAGCACUUCAACAAUUUAUUUAUUUAUUUAAAACACAAAAAGAUGCACAGGUGAUCUAGGCAUUACCUUUGUCUACAUGGAAAUCACAAACAGAAAUUAUUGAACAAACUCAUACUAAAUACAUUUUGAUGAAAUUUUAUUUAUUUUUGUAACCAAAAAGUCUGUUAUUUACUUUAAUAGAACCAAUUAUUUGGGGAACAUCUACAUAACAGAUUUUAAACCCUUACAUUAAUGUCAUGCAGUCCUUCACUUAUUACCAAUGCAAAGUUGUGUCCCAAGAGUUAUUUUAUAUAUCAAUGUUCCUGACUGCAGCUUUAUAACAAGAGUAACUUUCUACACCCAUAUCAGAGCUGACAGUGGCACAGAUCUGCUCAGGCAGAGCUGUUUUAGUAAACAUGAAGAGGCAGCUAUGGUAUAGUGCACUUAAACAAGUCUUUUGCAAAAAAAAUUCCCCAAAGGACUUUAAAUGAGCAUUCAUCGUGCUAGAGCAAAGAAAGUCAUUAGCGACUUGUAAUUCAGUUUAUAAACUAAUUAGAGAUACUGGGGCUUUCCACUAAUGUUUGAAAUAAUGAGUCACAUGUAGUCCUGUGAUUUAGUAAUUUCCUUCUAUAUGCUCGCAAAACAAUGUACACACAAGGAGCAGAUUUCCCUUUUGGCACAGUAGGCACCUGGCUACAGCCAUCUGUCCUGUGGGGGUUUCUUAUUUUUUAACAGAGUUAUUCACUAAAGUUAAAAUUCAAAGCAAAUUUCACAUUUAAGUUCAAAAUGGCUAAACUGGAAAUUAUCAACUGUGCUUUCAGCUUGGUUAAUCUGGUCUUAAAAUGAAAUUCACUUUGAUUUCACUGUUGUACAUGGUUUUUGCCUAAAGUGAGAAUUCAAAAUCAAUUUUGAACUCAAGGCCAGACUAGCCAAACAAAGCAUAGCUUCUCUCCAUGCUCCCAGUGAUCAUGGCAGAUGUUCAGGCGGCGGCUCCAGCUGACACCGACGGCAAACUGAGCAAAAAUGAGCUCAAAAGGCGAUUGAAAGCGGAGGUGAAAGCAGUUGAAAAGGAAGCGAAGCAAAAAGAACAAAAUGAGAAAUUGCCCAGUGCAGAUACAGAAAUUAUUAAUUAAGAAACACUUGAUCUCAAUCAAUAUUUUACACUUCGCUCCCAAACCAUUCAGCAGCUGAAGGGAACAAAGAAUGACCUGUAUCUACAGAAGUACCAAGUUGAUCUGUAUCUCACAGAUUUUACAAAAUACUACAGUUUGGAGAUUGAGGACCAUUUAACGCAGGUCAUCAGUGUGGCAGGAAAAAGCCACGCCAAACGUAUUUCUGUAGCCAAGUUGAUCUUCUACAAUCUGCGUGGAGAAGACACAAUGUUGCAAGUUAUGGCUAACUCUAAAUUUUACAAAUCAGAUGAUGUCUGCGUUGCGGUGAUAUUAUUGGAGUGAAAGGAAAUCCAAGAAAAAACAAAAAGGGUGAACUAAGUAUUAUACCCACUGAAAUAACCCUGCUGUCUACCUGUAUGUAUAUGUUGCCUCAUCUCCACUUUGGAUUGAAAGACAAGGAAACGAGAUUCUCCCAGCGUUACCUCGAUCUCAUCUUAAAUGACUACAUAAGGCAGAAGUUUAUUACAAAAACUUAUCACAUACUUAAAUCAGAGCAAGUAGGGGUAACCCAUUAAUGUACAUCUUGUAAAUACAGACUGGUUGCAAAGGGUAUAAUAACCACCCCUUAAGUGGCUUAUAAAGAAAUCAUAAAUCAAAAAAUACCCGCACUCCAAUGCAAAUCAGAUUUUAUUAAUUAAUCAAAAUUAAAAUAUGUUCAUAGUUAAUCCAUAGGUAAUCCAUAACGCUUGAUAAAGGCCAUCAAUGCCAAAAUGUUGGGUGAUUUUUCUGCCCUCUUUUGACUGAUAAGGUAAAUAUAUUGUACAGCAGAUGAUGUGUUUAUCUCUUAUGAUUUGAACUUUUGUUACAGUGGUUGAAUGGAUUUUCUAUAUCUUUUGUUGGUUUAUAUAUAUAUGAGGAUUGAUGCAUAUAAUAUUAACUUGUAUAUUAACUAUUAACUAUGUCAUAUUUGUUCCUGAAUUGGUGUACAUGGAUUAACUAUGAACAUAUUUUAAUUUUGAUUAUUUCAUAAAAUCUGAUUUGCAUUAUAUAUGGGUUGGGUAUUUUUUUUUAAUUUAAAACAUAUCACAUACCUCAGAUGUCUCAAAUGUCUGGAUAAUUUAGGCCUUCUUGAGAUUGAAACUCCAAUGAUGAACAUUCAAGCCAUUCAUCACCCAUCAUAACGAGUUAGACAUGGAUCUGUACAUAAGGAUAGAACCAGAGCUGUAUCACAAGAUGCUGGUAGUCGGUGGCAUUGAUAGAGUAUAUGAGGUGGGCAGGCAGUUCCAGAAUGAAGGGAUAGAUCUCACUCACAAUCCAGAGUUUACAACCUGUAAAUUUUACAUGGUGUACACGGAUGUCCACGACCUCAUGGAAAUAACAGAAAAGCUGCUAUCUGGAAUGGUUAAAUACAUCACUGACAGCUACAAAGUUGCUUACCAUCCAGAAGGUCCCAAAGAUCCUGUGUUUGAAAUAGACUUUACUCCACCCUUCAGAAACAUUUGCAUGGUGCAUGAAGUGGAAAAAGUCCUGGGGAGAAAACUGCCUAAUAACGACCAGUUUCACACUGAAGAAACUUGCAAAUGCCUCAAUGAUGUCACGAUUCGGGGAACCUAACACGCUGACACACACAGAAAAGGUGCCGUACCGGACCUUAGAGUGGCCGGGCUAAGCACACUAAGAAUAGUCAGGAGACAAGCCAGGUAAAGGGAGCCAGAAAACAGGAGAACGAGAAACAAGCCGAGGUCAAAGGAGUGGAGAAGACAGGAUAAUCGGAAUAACGAGCCAAGUAAUUGGUAACCAGAGAGCAAGACGAGAACACUACGCUACAGGUAUCACAAGACCACAACAGGGCACUGAGGGACAGGAAAGGUAAGUAUAAAUAGGCUUGGUUUAAUUCUGAUUGGAUAACUUCCAAUCAGAAUUAACAAUCACACGUGUGGGAUAUCUAUACCCCCCACUGUGAUUGUGGUACUGUUUCUUUAACGCCGGGUCACUCACGUGACCGCGGCGUUUACAUAAGUCAUUGACCUCCCAGCGUGCAGCGUUAUACAUGCUGCCGCUGGGGGGCGUGGAGGACGCGGGCGGCGAGUGGCAGAGAGGAGACGCCGCUCGCCGAGAGGUAAGUAGAGGGGAGACCGCGGGCGCGGCCGCGGAUCCCUGACAAAUGACAAUUGUAUGGAGAAAGGCAUAGAGUGUCUGCCCCCGAGAACCACUGCAAGACUACUAGACAAGCUGGAGGGCGAUUUUCUUGAGGUAAUCUGCAUUAAUCCAACCUUUAUCUGUAUACAGUCAGGUCCAUAAAUAUUGGGACAUCAACACAAUUCUAAUACUUUUUGGCUCUAUAGACCAACACAAUGGGUUUGAAAUGAAACAAACAAGAUGUGCUUUAACUGCAGACUUUCAGCUUUAAUUUGAUGGUAUUUACAUCCAAAUCAGGUGAACAGUGUAGGAAUUACAACAGUUUGUAUAUGUGCCUCCCACUUUUUAAGGGACCAAAAGACCAUCCCACCAUCAUCAUUGAGUAAACUUUGACCCUGUACCUCACAGUCAGCAGACACAUUCCAGCCAAUCAGCAGCAGACCCUCCCUCCCAGACCCUCCCACCUCCUGGACAGCUCACUAAGAAUGCAGCUUCAAAAUGGAUGCUGUCCAGGAGGUGGGAAGGUCUGGGAGGGAGGGUCUGCUGCUGAUUGGCUGGAAUGUGUCUGCUGACUGUGAGGUACAGGGUCAAAGUUUACUCAAUGAUGAGUCCGCAGCAAACCAUUCGCGAACCGUUCGGGACAUCACUACUAGUAAUGUAUAAUAAAUAAAUGUAAGACGGUUUGCAAACUCUUUUAUAUAUUUUUUCUUAUUAGUACCUCUUUGGGUAAUAUUCAUGUUAGAUUUGUCUAAAAUCUGUUGUGUUAUUUUUUUUUAACCUGUUGGAUUACAAAACAAUAAAAAUCCCUAAUGCCAGUGUUUUAGUAAAGAAUACACAAAACAUAUUUUUUGCUAAAAACAUAUAUGUAGCUAAUUUCUGAAUAAAUCUAUAUGCAAAAUUAGAGUUUGUACUAAUUUUGUAGCAUGAUAACCGUGCUUCCCAUGUUUUAAAUACUACUAUUUAUAUCUAUUUUUUUAUUUUUUUUAUUUUAAUAUAAUUGGGUAGUAAAGGGGUUAAGACUGACCUUUAAAAUAUGAAGAAUAUUUUUUUAUGAUGUAUUAGGCCAGAAGAUAGCAUAAUGUGUUUAGAAAAAUGAAAAAGUACCACAUUUUUUUUUUAUAGUGAAUCAGACAUAUACUUUAAAUUAAGUGGUUCUGACAACCAAACAUUGCGUAAGUAAUCACUAUUUUUCUUUGAUUUGAAGACUAGGCUAUUUUAUUUAUUUUUUCAAUUUGAGAACACUGCCAAAAAAUAAAUGCGUUUUAUGUAAUCUUGUUAUUGUUAAGCAGACUGUAUGCCAAACUGUGAAUAGAUAAAAGUAUUUUAUAAAUUGUAUUAUUGAGAAUACUGUUAUGGUCAACUUUUGGGAAGUUACAAAAAAGUAGUUUUCAACAUUUAUUUGGUCUUCUAGCGCAACCAGUACAACUGCAGAGAUUUGUCAUAAUGCAUCCUUCGAUAUACCAUUCUAAAUGUUAUUUGAUGAAGGCUUUUCGUCAUGUUAGGUUGUCGGGGAAUUUUAGCCAUUAGCCCCCAUUUAUGCCAAUGUUAAUCAAAGAAAAUAUUUGCUUACACAAAAAGUUAACUACCGGUAGUUUCACUUUAACUAAGAGCAAAUGUCUAUACAAUUUUUAUUUAAAAAGCCAUGUACUUGACAUUUUUACAGUAGCAUAUGCUAUAAUACAACAAUGUAUCUUAUUACAUUAAACCACUGGACUUCCAUUGAAAGAAACACUCCAAACACCUAAAACACUUCAGUUUCCUGAAGUGCUUUACAUGUAAAGCAUGUUUCUUCUACUUCUGUUACACCACAUUGGUUACUGACUGGCUGUUUAGAUCAGUGGAGCUAAACUAAAGAGGCGGCCAAUUGCUCAGAGCACCUGCCUUGCAAAGACUUGUCAUUGAGCUGCAUUGGGAAGUCUGUAAUUGGACAGACACAGACAGUCUGGGUUGAUUCAAAAGGAGAGGGCUUGCAAAGACAGCAGACAAGAGAUUUACACGUUUUGCAAAUGUUUUUUUAGAUAUAUCCCUAAUGCAUAAUUAAAUACAGGUAUGCUUUUAUGGGUGUAUAUCUACUGAGUGUUUAUUUAUAACCAUGGAGUGUACCUUUAACAAAUGGCACACAUAGUAUAGUCUAAUAUGUUUUAUAAAUUUCAGAGAAACAAACCUCUUUAGUUGACUUCACAUAUUGCAAUCUAGUUGAACAGUUUAACAUAAUGUAAGUUUAAAAAAAAAAAAAUAUUAGCCUUUACACUUUGAAGAAAUACAAAGAUUCAUAUUAAAAUCAUCUCUCUGUCUUUUUAUUUUUCAGGAAUAAGCAAAAUGAAAUGAUCCAACCAAGAAAUUUCCUGAGCGCUCAGUGCCCCCCACUUUCAUGAAAUUAACAUUCUUUUCCAGAGUGGGAAAACCUGCAGAAAAAAAAUCUGUAUCUUAUUCUAAAUAAACCUGAAGCAAAUUGUAAUAGUAUUGGGGUGUGUGUGUGUGUGUGUGUGUUUGUGUGUAUGUAUAUAUAUAUAUAUAUAUAUUAAACAAUACACAAGAUGGGGUACAUUGACGUUGUGGCAGGCUUAUGCAAUGUAUGAUCAUAUAAUGUAACUAAAUCCCCAUUAUUUUUUGCCUAGAUUAGGUGUUUUUAGAAAAAACUUUUAAAAUCUGUCAACAUUGAAGUUGCUGUUUAGUAGAUAGGAGAGUGCGCUGGAUCUUGUGUAUUGUUUAUUGUAUAAUAUGGCCCCCAGCAGCACCCCAUUUAAGCAUGUUAAGGUGAGUGCAACCCCCCCCCC